AUGCGUUUAUAUUUUCAACAGGUUUCUUGGGUUCGACACCGUGGCAUACACUUGUUAACCGUGGGUCGGUAUACGUAUACCAGUGACCAGAGAUUCCAAGCAAUACAUUCGCCGCAAAACGAAGACUGGACGCUUCAAAUACGGUACCCUCAAAUCAGAGACAGCGGGUACUACGAAUGUCAAGUGGGCACAACGCCUCCAAUCGGACACGCGAUGGUCUUGACUGUCGUGGGUGAGUAAAACUGUUUUCUUAAAUUAAUAUUUCAGAUUCCGAGUGGAAGAACGAAGAAACUACUGGAAAUAAAUAGGGAAACUAUAGGGAAAUAUUUUCCUAUAAGAUUUUAGUUUUAAAGCUUUCCAUAUUCUCGCCACAUUUCCCUAUCACCAGCUAGCAUGUAGCUUCUCUAGCUAAUGAUACGAUAAUAUUAUGAUGUUCAUGGUAAUAUUCGUUCUCUUUUGCCAUUCAUCUUCCCUAAUAAGUAGUAGAUCAUAUUUGUGUCUCACAACGAAAAGAAUCUUAGAUUUCCUAAUAUGUGUUAUUUACAUAUAUAUAUAUAUAUGUUUUUACUACUAAUUUUUCGUGGCCGAUUUUCCGUAACAAUUUUACACAAACACUACCAUUUCACCAACAUUUCUAACCGAUUUCCGGUUAUAGCACAACUUACUCUAGAAACGAGAAACAUUUUUUCUCUUACAACAUUUGUUCGCACAUUGUAUAGAUUUGAACAAGUGUUCUAACUCGUGUGGUGUGAUAAAGAUGUUACCAAUCGUUUUAUUAAAUUUGAAAGUGAUUAUUAUCGCAUCUCAAAAAUGUUUCUGAAUAAAACUUUUUGACAUUUACUUUUAUUCUUCCUCCUUUAACAAUUGAAACUUUGCAACUUCGAUUAUUUGAUGUACGGCCAAUUUCCAAUGGAAUGAUAUACUACAUAAAACUAUUUUAUUACCAAAAGAAGAAAAAUAAAAUAUAGAUAAAAAAAAAAAAAACCAAUAGCUUCUCCGUUUCCGUUUUUGAAUUUAAAUAAAGAUACGUAUAAGUAUUUGACUCAAGAACUACAUUUUAUUGUCAUACAAAUUAUUAUCACAGACUUUUCAACUAAAUUUAAAAAAAAAUACAUUAAUAAUAUUAUUGUAUUCUAUGCAUAUUGUGAAAUUAAAGACCAAAAAGGAAACAAAGCAUAAAUCACUUCCAAACAAGUGUUUAGAAGUUUCGUUGUCUUUUUGAAGAAACAAAACAAUUUAUUAAUUUGUCAUAUUACAAGUCGUACCAAUUACAGAUGUAAAAGAAGUAAAAUCGAUAAAACACAACAAGCGUUUUUAUUAUGAAAAAAUGAUGUUGAUGUAUGUAGUUUUUUGAGUGGAUUAUAAUAUCGUUUAGAAUUUGUGAAAUUACUAUGGCAAUUGUUUGUCUCACGUUUUAUACAAUGCAGUUUGGUAAAUAAUAAUUUUAUUUUAACUUUUCGAAAAGUUUUCGCCUCGAAUGACGAAAAUUGCGUUCAUUUUAUAAACUGCAUUAUUCGUUAUAAUCACAUUUGUUUAAGUUUUUGUCAAUUUAUAUAUAUAUAUAUAUACAUAUAUUUUAAGAAACUCAUUAAUUUUACAUUAUCUACAUAAUCGUGUAACAUAAAAAUACCUCGUUUGAUAUUACGAGAACAUAAUUUAAGGACCCUGAUUAUUUUUAUAGAUCCGAUGAAUUUACUGAGCUGGUCAGAACUUAGAACCCAGUUGAUAUACGUCACGCCAAUAGCAAUAAUGUCACUGUAACAUGAUUUAUCAAUUCGCACGAAAUCUAAAAACGUUAUUCAAUCGACUUUCAAUAGUACUUUUAGUUUAAAAAAAAAAAAUCGGAUUAUUACACAACGAAAGUUUUAACCACCAUAAUCACCACAGAAUAAUGUAACGAAUUUCUAACUCGUUAUAUUUUUCUGGAAACCGAUUUGAGACUCUUAAGCAUAUCGAUGGACAGUUAAUAGACUUUCAAUGUUGUUGUUUCUUUUGUAAACUCUUAUAAUAAUUUAGACAAAUUGUUUUUAUAUUUCCCGCUUUCUCGGUAAUUUAAAGGCAAAUAAUGGAUUUACUUGCAAAUCACACAUAUUUUUUCUAAUAAACGCUUAAAAACUUUAAUGUAGUAAGCUCAAAAUAAUUUGUUUCACACUAAAAACAACAGAGAAAUGGAAUUGUAAAUGUUAUUUUGCACAUUUUUACAUAUUUUUCAUUUUAGAUUCGGAGCGUAGCAAAGAAUCUAUUGAUUUUACUAUGAUGUGUGUGUGUUUUUUUUUCUGUCUGUGAAUCAUUUUUCUAUCGAAACUCUUGCUCCGAAGUCUUUUUUAAGAGUUUUAAAAUCCAAUGUUGAUGAAUUUUCCUAGAAACGAAAAAUACGGGUAAUUUGUAUUUAUUUUGUAGCUAUAAAAAUACAUACAAUUUUUAUCAAAACACAAAUGUUUCAUAACCUUUGUUCAGAAUAGUUGGUCGUUAUGUAGCAAUGAUUUAUAUCUUCGCAUACAGAUAUAAACUAAAUUAUUCUACGUAUUCCACCAUACCAAAUUUCCUACCCAAACAUUGACAUGCCCAUAGUGCUGCCAAGUAUGUUAGAUUUUUAAAUAUAUUUGCAUUUUUGUAUUUUAAUCACAAAUACUUUAUGGAAUAAAAGCAAAGCCAUAUAAAUAGAAAAUCGAUUACGUAAUUUUAAUCGUUUUUUUAUCUGUGGUAUUCGAUGUACUUUUUCCGAUUUUUUUUGAUACGUUAAAAUUUUAAAAGUAAAAAUUUCACGAAAAGGAAUUACGAUAUUUAAGGAAAUAUUACAGCGAAAAUGUAUGUAAUUAUAACUACUAUAAAAUUAUUUUUUGUUUUUUAUGGAAAACAUGAAUACAUAGUCGUCCGAUUGAAUAAAAUCAAACGUUUCAACCGAUUUCGCUUGGAAUAUUUUUUUCAAACACGACUUGAUUUACUAUGUUAUAUUAAAUUAAAAAAUAAUACCUCAACGCUCGUUGAGGUAUUGUUUCACGUUGUUAUAUUUUCCUACUCUGUUGGAUAAUUUUUUUGUUUAUGUACUCAUAUAAUCACAUUAAAAUGUACGUCUAAAAGGUUUCUUUAUAGUUCGAAAUUAAUUUUGACGGCUACCGUUAAAUCGUUCCUGUACGUAAUUGCAGCACAAAACAUUAUAUUAUACAUAUUUUUUUUUUUUUUUGAUAGUAUUAGGCAAUAUUAUGUCCUAUAUUAUUUAUUAUGACUUUAUAAAAUACACCACAAAUAGUCGAAGGCGAGGAGAAUAGGUACACGAAAUAUCGUGUGUGCUAUAUUUAUUUUAUACAAUUUCUUUUGGUUCUUCACGAUUUUGAUUCGUUGCCAACGUUUUUAUCAUAACUGCGCAGUAGUGGCGUUCACAGAUCUUUUGGAAAAGGGUGAUAAACGAAUUAUUUAUAUGAUAAACCGUGGGGCUUACGCCCCACAUCCCCACGAUAACAUUUCAGUAAACAUUAAAUUGCAAUACAUAUUACUAUGAAUUUAAUUUUUAAAAUUGUUUUUAAUUUGUAUUUAUUCUUCUUAAUUUGUGUGCCUUGAUUUUAAUUAUUCUUAGUUUUUUCGCCAUACCGUCGAGGAAAUGAUCAGCGUCAUAUCUAUUAGUAUAUGAAGUAUCAAUGAGGUAGUAUCAAUUGAUUCCAUACAUAUUUAAAAAAAAAAAUUAAAAAGAACUGUGUCAUAAUAUUUAUUAUUAUUACCCGUUAUUUCACUCAUUGUAUUUUAUAAAUAAAGUUUUAGGUCUUUUCGUAAAUACUAGUUUUCUUUCAGUUGUCAUAUUUUCAGUAAAUGAUAGAUAUUGGGGAAAAUGAAUUUACAACAUAAACGUAAAUGUUAUUAUCGUUUUUCAAUUUAUUCAAAAGAUAAGGUAUAUUUACAUAUAAUGUUUUCUUUAAUAAAACUAAAAAAUACAACCGAAACUAUUUUGUAUUUUGAGUAUAACGAAGAAACUAUAAGUAUUAAAAAUAUAUGAAUAUGAGUAAUAAUAAUAUUGAACAACUAUUUUUAAGAGUUCGUGACAUCAGUGUGCAUAUUUAAUUUUCAAUAUUUUCAUGUUUUACCAGCAAUAUUAGCCGCAUUGUGUUUUCUGUACUUUACAUCAACGCAACGCAUUGUUCUGUGCGAUGAACGCAAUGAUAAACACAUGUGCUCAACAUUGUUAUUUUAUUCCGAUAUAAUUGAUAAGAAUACAAUUUGAGAAUUAUAUAUUUCAAUUAUUCUUGCACUGGCUCACGACCUACUCCAAUAUAAUUAUCAAUUAUCAAUGUACUCAUAUUGCUCUUACUAUCUUCUUAUCCCAUUCUUACCGGUUUAUCUUAUCGAUAGCAUUUUUAAGUCUUGGAAAUUUCUAAUACAAUUAUUAAUCGUUGCAUAUAGUUUACGAUCAAAUUACCCUGUGUGUACUAUCUUCUCGACUACUCGCCUACAUCCAUAUAAUUUGAACUUUUUAUAAAUUCAUAUUUAACUAAAGAGGUUAUAAAUACUUAUGCCAAUCUUUAGAUAAUGUUAUUUUUUUUAAAUUUUUAUCAUAGGCUGGUUUAUGUUAAAUUUACCCAUAAUAAAUAAAGACCUAAUACGAUAUUUUUUGACAUUAUAUUUUUAUUUCUGGACUUUAUUUCAUAGUUAAAAACCAUCUUUCAUUCUGCUAUUUGUAUAAUGAACUAUAAUAUAUUAUUAUUAUCUACAAAAAUAUAAAUAUAACUACCAAAGCGAUUUUACUUAUAGUAAAUUGCAAUUAUUAUUCUCAAGGUACCAACCUAAAAGGAAAUAACGAAAUUGGUUAAAAAAGAAUAUUCACAAAAUCACUUUCACAAAUACCUGAUUAUAAUAAUAUACAAAUGUAAAUGUUCAAAGUUAUUAUUAUUUUUCAUUUUUUUUUUUUUUUAUAAUAUCGUGUUCUUGUACAUUUUAUUGUUUAAAUAAAAAAAAAUCCUAAAAAUAAAAUAAAAUCGUUUAAAAUGUUUUAUUUAAAUGUUGUAAUAAUUACAUACAAUAUAACAAGAAAACAGAGCUCUGAGCUAAAACUUAUCGUACGUUUGUAAAUCAAUAUGAUAAUAAAUUGGCGUAAAUGAGACGAAAAACGCCACCAUUUGAAUAUUUAACUUUAAAUAUUCGUAUUAAAAAGCGUUUUAGUGCACCGAAAUAUAUUAUGGAGAAAAAAAAUAUAAAAACAUUUUCGAGUGUACUUAUUUUUACAGUCGUUCAUGACACAAUAUCAAAAAAAAUAGGUUCUAUCCUUCGAGUAUUUCAGUUUAGUAAAUACUUAAUAUGUAUAUAUAUACGUAUUUUCAAGUAUAAGGUAGUAUUAAUAUUUUAUAUAUAAUAAUAAUAUGGAGACUGACGUGUCACAAACAGGAUGUUACUAGCCAGUAUCGUUGUGAGUGCAGUUUGUAUAAGGCGUACGCGUACCUAUCGAAAAAAUGGAGCUGCGCGUCCUUUGCUUUGCUUUGUUUAAGACCCAAAGGUCUUAAAUCAUAAUGGCAUUAUGGUUCACACUAAGCUUACGCCUCUUUACCGGUGUAUAGUUCUACAAGUACGUGAAUUUUUAAGGAAUUAACGGGUCAGAGAUCACUGGGUGAGUGUUGGUUUGGAUGUGACUGUAGCUGGAUGCAACCCAGGUUCUAGGUUUCCAAUAUGAUCAAAGUUCAAGCAAAUGUCGGCAAUGUAGAAUAAUAUACGAUUUAAAAUUUAAAUGUUUGGCCGUUUAAUCUUUGAUUGGUUUUAGCCCUGCUGAGGAGGAUAUCGUUGCAGACUAGAGUCGGCAUCUCAGUGACGGUUCGGAUUAAAAUGGCGUCCUUUUAAUUGAAUUCGUCUACUUAUUAAAUAAAAUAAAUGUAUUACAGAAACAAGAUUGGCAAGACAACAGCAGAAUUUUCAUUUGUAUGUAUUUCAAUUUAGACCAUUAUUAUACAGAAAUUGUAUUAAGUUGCAUUUCAGUUGUUAUUCUAUAUAAAAUAUAAUAUAAGGAAUUUUUCAUUUAUCAAAAAGAUUAAUAAUAAUAAGAAAAAUAUGUAACUUCUAUUAACGCUCUCUAUAACAUUUGACGUCGUCAUGUGCUGUGGCUUGCAACGGGGAUAUAAACCCGUAUUGAAGUAAUGCAUAUUAUAUUAUGUUGUAUUUGGUAUUAAGAAAAGUGCGCUCUAUUUUUUUUUUUUUAUUAAACAUAAUUUGCAUAUAUAUUAACUUAUUUUCAGCUUUUUGAACUCGCGAGCUAUUAUAAUAUGCACGCGUUGUUAUAUUGUAUUUCUACGGUUUUCGUUAAAAUCUGAGAGGACGUCUUCGAAAAAUACGAUUCGUUUUACUAUUCCAGCAAUUAUUGUAAAAAUAAUUGACUAUUAUAAUAUUAUUAAUGUAAAAUCUAUUAAUGUAGCCGUCCCACCCGGCAUUUUCAAUAAUUGGAUUCCCCCUCGCAUCUAAAAAUGGAAUUCUAACAAAAAAAUUCCUCUUAAAACCGAAAUCAAUAAAACAAAUUCAAUUAAACGUGUCUUUCGGUUCCCUCCUCCUUUCAUAUUUAAUCAUAUUUAACCGUUGAUAUAAAUAAGGGGGAUUAUUUUUCUAAAAAAAUUGUGUGGUACUUUCUUGCCAGUGAUUAUAAAAUUAACUGAUAAUAAUAGUUUUGUUUUAUUUUUUUAUUAUUAUUUUAUUUUAUCUGUGUCGCCAAAGUAACCAAUAAAUCAUUAAAAAACAAAUUGAAUUUUAGAAAAAAAAAAAAAAUCAUUUUAUGAUAUGAACAGUCGUUCUAAAAAUCUGUUUCUGUUAUGAUAUUUUCAGAUCUUUGGGUGGGAUAUGUCAUUCGAUCAUAUGUUGUACACACACGCGAAUAAUGAAUUUUAUUAUUAUUACAAAUAGAUUAUAUUUUAACAUUUGACUAAUAAAACGAAUUAUAUAUUUUUCGUUAUAGACAAAAAAAAAUAUUGUUUCGUUCACACAUGAAUUAUUUAUUUAAUAUCGGUGUGUACAUCUACCCUAUUCAUAUUAUUUUUGUUCCAAGGCUUAUCUUUUCUAGUAGUCUAGAACAAAAGUUCUUUUUCCUCGUUCUUGGUACAUCAGUUUAAGCACGUAAAACCAAAAGUCUUUGUGCGGAGUUUUUCAAAGUUUUUUUUUCUCUUUUUUUUUUUUUUUUAGUUACAAGACGUAUUCACAAUCACUAGUGGCGUUUCCUAUAGCGUUUAUCAGGGCGGAAACCGGGUAAACCGUCAAUGACAUCACAAUAAAAUGGCAUAGAAAUAACACUAUUUUUGCCUCGCAUUUAAACGCUCCGUUCCUAUCUUGAAAACGAAUUAGAUAAAAGUUUUAAAAAGUCAGUGCGACAAAAUUUCGAACAAAUCGUCUGUGUCGAAGUUAAAUUAAGACGAAAGCACGCACGUGCAGAAGUUUCAACUAUUUAAUUUGUUCAAGUGUCUUCGUCUCUCUUUUCUAUUUUUUUUCCUUUCCAUUUCACCCUUUUGAGGCGACAGUUGGCGGCCAAUUUGGUUUUGCCCAUGACAAUCGGGACGGGUAAGGUGUGCACCUACAAAACAAACGCGCCAACUAUUCUAAAGUUUGAAAUUUUCCUUUUAAAAGUCUUCGAUUACAAAACACAACCGUUACGAGAAAUUCAUUGAUCAGUCUAUAUCUUUUCAAACUGUCGCGAGUCGUCUUCAAAAUGACGUGCAACCGUCAAAACCCUCGAAAAUGUAUCGUGUUAUUAUUUUAUCGUACGCGCCUGUUUGAAGUGAACUAAAUAACGAUAAUAAAUUCGGUAGCAAUACAGUUAGUAGAAUAAUAUGCAUAAAAUAUUAUUAAAAUCGUUUUCAGACGUCAAGUGUUAUCAUGUUGAUUAUAAUGUACGUCGAAACAAUUUUAACAGGCAGUUACCCGUUGUAUUAAUCAGUUUACUUACAUAAAACCGUACUAUAAUCGAUUAUAAAUUAUAAUUUGAUAAUCGGAAACAAAAUACGAAUAGAUACGCGGGAUUUAAUAUUAUAUAUAUAAAUAUAUUAUCAUCUGUUUGGUUCCUUUGAUCGCCGCGCUGAUUAUAAUGUAAAAUACAAUUUCAAAAAUGAAAUACACGUUUGCAGUAACAGCAAAAACAUGCUUUGAUAAUUUUAUGUAAACGAAACCAGAGAUUUUACAAUGAAAACACGUUGUGUGAAACGAGCGUGUUGACAAGGAUUUAAACGUUUUAAAUACUAGUGAAAUCUGUAUAAUAUAUAUUAGGAUGAACCGGGAUUUUCUUUUACUUUUUUUUUAUUCUUUUUCUGCUCUUCUUGUGAUACGAUCGGUUGGGCAAAACAGAUUUUUCUCAAAUUUUCAGAUGUAUACAAUUAUUUCUGGGGAUCAAGGGUAUCUGCGAAUCUAUCAAAAAUAGUUGUUUUGUUAGUUUUCAUUUUUUACGGUUUAAAUACACAUUUCUCAAAAACAAAAAUCAAAAAUCGAAGAUAUGCAAAAAAAAAAAAGCAAGUAAUAAAAAAAAUGAACAAAUUUAAAAACUAAACAGAAAUUUACGUUUAUUUAGCUGGUGGAAAAUUAAAUUGUUGAAAUUAUUGGGUAGUUUUGAAUAAGGGUGAAACAUCAAAAAUAACAAUUAAAUUUUAUUUGAACUACUGAGCGUAUGUUUUUUUGAAAAUGUAGCUUCAUAUUUUAUUUUUACAAGUGUAAAAUAUAAAAAUACUAUUGAAUAUUAUUUCGUGAAGAAAAAAAAAUCCAGUUUGAGACCAUCGUUUUUCGCUAAAUACAUCGCAAUUAGUAUGUAUUUUAUUUUACGAUUUAAAUUAUUUCUGAACAAAUAAGAUCCUAUAGUUGACAAAAAUAAAAUCCACAUUGAUUACAUGAUAUUCCAAAAAACCAUAAAAAUGUACAUAUUGUUGAUAAUUCAUUACCUGGAAUUGCAUUUGAACAAAUUUGUUUUUGUGAAAUUUUUUGAGUUUCACAGUUAAUAACUUUGUCAAUAUUGGUUCUCUUCCUAUCAACUAUACAGUACCUUACUUUUUCCGUAUUACAUUCUGAUGAUUUACUUUCAUGCCAUUUUUUUGUUUAGCGAUAAUUUAAAUCGUAAAAAAAAAAUAAAAAAUUGCCUUAUUCACAGAAAUUUCUGUUGGCGAACUGGAAAUUUUUUUUUCGUGAAAUAAGAUUCGAUGGUAUUUUUACGCAUGUACAAUUAAAACUUAAAGAUACCCCCGCGAAUAAAAGAUUAUGGUAUACCCUAAUAUUGUAUAGACAUAUUUAAAUAUAGAGCAUACUACAUACUUUUAAUCGUGACUCACAUCAGUGACGUGCCGAAGAAGGUUUUUUUUUGAGGCAAUUGCCUCAUGGCAAAAAUGGGUGGAUGGGUGGCUGCCAGAUAUAUUGAAUGUUGAUUGAGAUUGACUAGUUCAGAGAUCAUAUAUACUACUUUAUAGUUGUGUGUAUAAUAUUAUUAAUAUACACGAAUAUGAUAGAAUAUAUUAAAUAUAUAGUUGAUAUAGCUAAAUAAUCUGUAAUUAUGUGUAGUUCAUGUAAAAAAUACAUGUUUUAAUUGGGUGAGUCCAAAUUUUUUUGUUUUGCCUCGAGUAUGAAAAAUAUUCAGCAUCCAAUUGACUCACAUUUCCGACUGAAGUAUUUAUUUGAUGUUUUUGCGUACAAAAUUUGACAACAGUCGGCCAAUGACAUUUUUUACUAUUCACUUUUAUAUAUAUAUUGAUUCUGUGAUCCCUAUUUUUGAAAAAAAUAUUUUAAUUUGUGAUAUUAUUAACAGAGGAUGGGCCGGCAUAAUUUAAUCUAAACGAUAAAAACAAUAAUGAACACAUAUCCGAUUUACAGUGAAAAAUUAGCACGGUAGUUAUCGAUAAGAUAUAAAUAAUGUUUUCGUUAUAACUAUACGGUGUCCUGUGAACGCAGUUCGGAAAACCAUUUAGUACGGAGCGUUUGCCUAAUGUGUACUAUUACUAGCGAAAUGGGUUUCUGUUUUAAUUUAGAUCCUGAGUGGAGCGAGGAAACUUGUGGUUUUACGAAGAUGUUUAGUUUUAGCCGUUGUACGGUUUAUUUCAGUUUCUGUUCGUGAUUUUUCCGUGUGUCCCGUUUCGCCUUAAAAACCGUAAUUCGCGUCAUUACGUAUCGCCAUCGUGCGUCUUGAUUGGCCGCCCUUUUUGUGGUCUAGUCCGGGGCACGUUUUCCGAUCGACGUACCCGGGUGACGUCACGUGUCUCGCCGUCGUGCAUAUCGCGUUGCGUAACGUUGUGCGUACGCGGUACACGUUUACGUGGUCGUGGUCGUGGUAGCGUGUGAGGAACGGCGCCGCCCGUCGUGGUAGCCUAUCACUGUGCGCCCAGUUAUUAUAAUCUGUUACUAAUCUUUUUCGUUUUUUUUUUUUUUUUAUAUAUUUAUUGUUACCGUUGUUGUUGCUUGGGUGUAAGCUCAUAUCGUGCGUUUACCGCCAAUAAACCCGUAACGGGUACCUAUAUUAUUGCGUGGAACAUUGUCGUUUUCGGUCGAAUAUUCUUCUCGGAUUCCCGACGUUGCGAGUCGACUCCGGAUACCUUGACGCCGCCGUAUAGGUCCGGGGUAAGCGAUCAAACAAUAUUAUUAUUAUUGUUAUAACUGUUAUAAUAAUUUUAAUAUGAAAAAGAUUUGCAACUUUUUAUUGUUUCGCAGAAUUGAAAUCAAAUAUAUUUCGUUUUGUGAGUAUAGGUGCCCAGUGUAGCUUCAUUCUUUAGCAUCUGUUAGAUUGAAAAUACCACCGCUCGAGCAAGUUUGUUUUAAAUAUCACAACUAAUAAUACAUUUAUUUUACGACAAACCGAAAGGAUGCACAGCAGAUAUUAUGUUCCGAUGUAAUAUUGUAUCUUCGUAUAGUACACAAAUAUAAUGAAUUACGUUUGCUAUUGAAAAUUUCAAAAGCGUUACGAAACGUAAAUAUUCUAUCCGAAUGUUUGAUUCGUGAUGAAUACACUUUUUUAUUACGAAAAUAGUUUAAACAUUUCCGCUGGAACAACAUUGACGCGUACCUACCUAAAUAUUUCAACCCUAUCUAUUUUCCAAAAUCCGUACGAAAUCUAAUUUUACCGCGUAAACAAUCAAAAUAGCGAACAAUAAUAAUCGUUUUAUCCGUGUCGUUCGAAAAUUAAUGAAUUUCACUGCGAUUAUCUAAUACAAUAUACACACAAACGCACAAUAAUAAUGUCUACCAGUCGAAAACGUAGCGACAAACUCAAUCGUAUUCGGUCGAUAUAUGCAGUAGUCAUCAGUUCGAUGUCGACUUUUUUGUUGUUUCUUUUAAAAAAAAAAAAAAAAUCAUCGAUUCAUCCGACUGUUAUCUAAGCCCGGUCCGUACGGUGAUGGUUACGAUCGCGAUAGUUACGAAACUCGCAACAAUGACAGUUACCGUCAUGAACUGUCGUCGUGUGAACAGUACGAUAAAAACUAUCGAAUAAUCGUGUGAAAGCAAUACCACGCAAUAACAAUACCAUGUACUCACUAAAGUUUUUACUACGGUUACUAUCGUGAAAUCAACAGUAACUAUCACCGCGUGGACGCGUUCUACCGUUUUAUUUUACUGCCGAGACGCACUUUCAUAGAUGCGUUUCGAACGAAAUUCACUCUAUAUACUGUCAUUUUUCCCACCAGUAUUAUUAGCCGGGAGUAGCACGAGGGACCGUAACACCACUCCUUCCCAUACUCCCCCCUCCCGAAACCGUUUAUUUUAUUAGUUAUUUCGGUUGUUUCGUUUUGUACUAAAAUAUAAGUAUGUUAUAGUUAAAAUGUUUGUGCCCCCCCUUCCACCAGAAGUUUUUUCUUGACUACGGUGCUGCUAUUUUCUGCUAUUUCAUCGAAUAGACGCUAUCUCUGUAAUAUUUACUAUCGCGACAAUUGUAACGCCGACCAUCACGAUAAACAAUAGUCGAUAAUGUGACUUUAUUUGUUAAAGGACUUAGGUACUCGUUAUUCGCUUUUCAAUAUAAUAAUAUAUCCGUAUGAACGAUUACAGACAGUUUUAGUCUAUUAUUACUUUUUUGUUUUUCUAAAGUUUUCUUUCUAAUAGUUAUUCAAUUUAAAUCGAUAAAAGAUAAAAACAACCAAUAAAUAUAGUUUGACACGCUUGUUUAAUCCACAUUAAACGUAACUUUCCGGUCGUAUAAAUAGGUAAGCAUAGGCAUUCGAAACUUAUAUAAUUGUUAAAACUUGCGUUGCAUAAAAAAGAAAAAACACAUUCACAUCACUGCAUUCAAGUACUCGUGUUUGUUAAGGCGAAUGAAAAGAGAAAGAAAAAACAACGUGAAACUUUUUAAUUUUCAUUAACAAAAAAAAAACACGUACGAUAUCAUUAAUAUAUAACCUAUAUUUUCGUGAGGUCCGUGAACCUUGUGUAAAAGUCGAUAUUUAAUUAUUAUUUAAAAUACGGAAUUCGAUGAUAAAUCGUUUCAGUUGAUAAGCGCUUCUGAGCUUAAAUAAAGUUUUAGCGUUUUUUUGUAUUAAUUUUUCCUAUUUUUUUUUUUUUUUUUUAAUGUUUGUUGCUAGAAAAUUCUUCUGUAAAAAUACUUUCGAAAAUAUAUCAUUUGUUUCCAAUUACGUGUCUAUAUUAUAUAAAGUUUCCAGUGAAACUCCGAACUUAUGAUACUCUGAAAAAUUUAGUUUUUUUAACAAAUAACAAAUAACUCUCGAUCGAUGUGGAGUAUGAAAUUGUCUAAACGAUGAAAUUCGAUAAUCAAUACCUCCCUGUAAAAUAUAAAAUACUUAUUAAACUAACUACAUAAUAAGAGUUUUUUUUAAUAACCACUAUUACUAUACACACUUAUUCGUAUUUCGGCAAAAAAAAAAUGGUCCUCAGUGAUUUUCGAUUUUCAAAUAUUAUAAUAUUAUGUUAUGCUUUCAUAUUUAUAUACUAUUCUUGAAAAACCAAAUAACUACCCAAAAUUUUUUUCUUUUUUCAAAUAAUUCUUCUUUCAGACGUUGUGUUAAUAAAAAAAUUCAAAAUUCACAACAUACUUCGCAUCAUGGUAGGUCACUGUUUAAGGUGAAAAGUAAAAGAUAAAGGUUAUAAUAUAGAUUAAUUUAGAUAAUAAUUUAUAUGUAUAUUAUGUAUAUACAUUGAAAACAACGAUAAAUUGUAAUCAAAAAACGAUGUUGAGCGGAGCUUGAUAAACUGGAAAAAUUGUAGCAAGUCACUUUGCUUGGACCAAAGUAGAGUUACUCACAUCUUCUAUGGUACAUCAUAAAAACAUUGAUGAAUUUUUACCAAACGGAUAAGUGUAUUCCGAAGAAGUGGUUUUUUCGUCAACUAUAAGACUACUCGUGUCUCAUCUAAACUUCAAAACGGGCAAUUGUUUAGUAUUUCAUAAGACCAAAUUUAAUUGGCCAACGGAUUGAUAGAAAUUUCAACGCCAACAUGUACACUAAAAAUCGCCCAUUGAACUGACUAUAAUCCAUUAAGUUUAUUCUAUAAUGGACUUCAAGUGUUACAAUAUUAGUUGCAUUGCCGUAACCAAUAACCGUUGACUGUAAAAUAAUUGCGAUACUACAUUGAACUUAUUGGAAUGUAUGGCGCACGUUUCAGACUACAAUUUAGACAUUUUUUUCAUCACUGUUAUAUUCUAGGUGUUUAAUUGUAGUUUGUGUGAUUCUAUUACUGUCAUGUAUACGGGCACCGGGCCAAACAUCGUCAUAAAUAAUAAUAAAAAAAAAAAACAAAAAAACAAAUGUUUGCGAGUGUAAGACCCGGAAAAGAGAUCCGGAAAGUCAAAAUAGCGGAUAUGAACAAAAAUUUGUUAUACGAGUAAAAAAAAAAAAAAAAUAUAAAUCUAGUGAUCAUGAUGAUGUAAGGUAAUAAAUAAAAAAUCCAUUAGGAUUUCCUUAAUAUUAAGUUCAUCGUUAUUAUUUUUUUUAAACAUUGUCUUCAGACGAUGUACAUUUCACAAUAUAUAAUAUUUAUGACGAGAAAAAAAAGAAAUUCAAUAAUAAUAAUAUUCGUUUUAAAAAAGAAAAAGAAAAAAGAAGUAGACUAUAAGAUAAUAGAUUCAUUUUUCUUUUGGCUUUGAACAUUUUCAUAAAAAUAUAUCAUAAUCCUUCCGGAUACAUUAUUCGAAAAUCAUUUGAAUACUAUAUAAUAUAUGAUGUUCGUUAAAAAGUGUUUUAAGAUUCAAUUAAUCGCCGCCAAAUGCUUAGUCGUCUACCCAUUUUUCUAAAAGUUGUUAUUGAUAUAAUUUAUUUUCCUGGAUUUAGAAUACAAAUUGAUUUUUUUUUUUUUUUUUUUACAUUCCAAUUAAAAUACUGAUUGAUGAAACAGGCGAUGAAUUUAAUUUAUACGUUCUCAUUAUUGUUAUUAUACUUUAUAACUGACGGCCUCGGAGACUAAAUUAAUUUAAAAUUUAAUUUAUUCCAUCAAGCACUACGGAAGAUCUUUGAAUGGCAGCGCGGCGGUUAGAGCCUGCAAACUACAAUAUUUUUCCGCGUGUCCGUUUUUGUAUACAUACGAGCGUAAUAGAUACCCGUCAGCCCGCCAGUAUUCAAUCGGACCUCCGAAGAUAUCGGGGUGGAGACAGGAGGAUUCAUUAUGACAUAGGUACGGUAUAAUACCGUAACAGAAUAAUACGGAAAAGAAACUCGAUCGGCUGUAUUAUUUCGGAAUCUCGGGACCCGAAACCCGAACUUCCCAGCGGACGCGGAAAUAACGCUCACAAAGCCUAUUAUGUCGAUUUGAUCGAUUGUCGCGUCAUUCCCGUUUGGUCUGACGGACAACCUGCAAUAAGCAUUCGUGGUUUUCCAAGAAAAUUGUACACGAUACCUGUAUCGGAACUGUAUGAAAAAUAUAGUAGUGACGGUAUCGGCGAAACAAACAUAAUGUUUCAACUUAAUCGAAUCGUGAUCGAAGAAAUAACACAUUAUAAAUUUAAUUAUAAUACAUCCAUAAGUGAGUCACAUAACCUCAAUUAGACAAAUAGUACAUUUUUUAACGACAAACACUGCAGCAAUGUUCCAAUAACCGAAAUGAGGAAUGACUAACGUUAGGGUUUGGUCUUAUUAUACUUGAAGUCUGUUGUAAAUAACUUUCAAAUUAUGUACACUACAGGACUACGGUACUUAUGUUAAUUUUUUUUUUUUUCAAACUCCAAUAAAAUUUCAAAAUAAACGAUGUGUUGUUUUAAUUCGACACGAUAUUACUAUACUUUUGAAAAUUAUUCGGUUACUCAGCAAAAAAGAAAUAAUUAUGUAUUAAUAAACCGUUAUGGUAUGUGCUCGUCUCAAGCGGCAGUAACGAAAAACCAACAAAAACGAGCUGAGCCGAAUUCCUCUGCAUUUGCUAUGCAUUAAAUUGUAUUUACGAUUUUAAAAAAUAUAACGCAAAUAUUAUGAGUCGCUGACAUGAUAUAUUAUUAUGCCGGAUGAUGUUUCAAAUGAGUAAACUCGAGAGAAAUAAUAUUUUCCGUAAUAAUUUUCCUUUUCGUUGUCUGACGUUGCAACUUUUAACGUUGCACAACUCGAUAUAUUCUUAUACGAUACAUAUUAAUAUAUUUCCUUUUAUUAUUCUCAAUAUUUCUAAAAGUUGUUGUAAAAAAAAAAAAAUAAUCGAUUUUCAAAUAACGUUCAAUAACAAUUUUAACUUGUUAAAGAGAAUCGACUUUCCUUCGUAUUUUACUCGGAUAUAAUGAUCGUAAAACGGAGUGGUAAGUCAUAUCUUUCUGUGUGAAUUUUGUAAUUCGCUCAUAGUGAAUUUUAACUCUUAAUAUUUUAUUAUAAUUGUAUAUUUUGUUUUAUUUUUCUGUUUUAUCUAUGACUAUUUUUACUUUAAAUUUUAUAACAUGAUAUUGUGUUUUGAUUUGAUUUGAUUUGUACCUAUGCCGGUUAGGUAAUAGCUCACAUAGGAAGAUUACAUUUUACGAAAAUGUUCAAAAUAUAUUUUAGAAAUCGUAAAAUAUUUUGUUAUGAUCUCAUAAUCAUUUAUUUUUAAAAUAAUUAGUGUGCUCAAAAAAAAAAAAUAUUAAAAUGUUUUAAAAACUUUUCCAAAAUAUUUUAUAUUAUAUUUUGAAAAUAUUGUGUAGUCAAACAUCAGCAGAAAAUAAAAAAAAUGUUGACCAUCUAAAGUGAUUUGAAUCACUGCGCCAUCAUAUCGGAUAUAAAACACGAAUGGAUCUUUGAUAUUUUAUUUAUACAAAUAAUUGUUAUUUUAUAUUGAUUUAGAAAUGAAACUUCUUAUCUGAGGAUAGGCGUAAGAUUCAAAUUACGUCGCCCUCCAGAGUAUACUUACCCAGUAUUUUAUUUCAACUUGAUUGCCCUCACCCUCACUCCCAUCUUACCACGGAUAAAUUUAGCUCGUAGCAGAUUUAAACAAAAACGCCAUAGUUAUCGUCUAUAUGCUCAAUAUUAAUUUGUAUUAAUAUUAUCGUAGUGCAAUUGAUUAUGAAAAUUACAAUUUCUAAAAGAGAUGUGCGCACUCACGUGUUGAAUUUUCAGAAAAAUUCUGUUUAAGAAAAAUAUACGUUAACGUUAAAAGGAUUAAAACUUUGAAAAAAAAAUUAUAAUUUUAUAUUUUCGAAAAUAAUAUAUGCAUAAUGUUAGAUAUAAAUAUACAUAAUACAUAAUAAAACGGGACUUUUGAAAAAUAAUAUAAUCGUGUCAACUUUAUUCUUAAUUUCAUAUUUUUUACACAGCAAUUUGCAAAAUAUCGAUUUCAAUAAUUGCAUAUCCUUCCGUAAGUAUUAUAGUAUAAUUAUAGUAUAAACUGCAUGUAUAAUAUUUAUUUUGAAUUAAACUCAUUACUUUUAAAUUUCACUCAUUAAGGAGUAUACAUACUUAAAAUGACUUCGUUUAAAUAUAUGCACAGGUAAUAGCACAUUAAAUAUACAUGGACGUUUUUUAACCCCGUCGUGUUUUUAAUUUCUAAAUACAUUACUUUCCGUCCGAUUAACUUAACAGUUUACACUUGCACUUCACAUUCUGCAUCAUGUAAUGAUAUUAUACGUUUUCUCUUUGCUGGUCAUAUAUAAGAUAUAUAUAUACACCUAUUUCAGUAUUAAAAAAAAUAUAUAGCAAUAAAAAAACUACUCUUUCGUUUAGUCGUUUAGUUCUCUGGGAUUCGGGCGGCGGCGGGAGCAUUGCGAGAAAUGCAUUUUACACAUUCGUAUAUAAGUGCGGGCGAUUCGGUCGAGUGUGUUGACUUUAUUAAAACUUCCACGAGAUUAAUCGUUGAAAUCGCAUAACGUCUCAUCUUCGUAUAUCUAAGACAUUGAAAAGAGUACGUGAUACCCGCAUGCUGUACUGUCUCCGACUUACAAACGCACUGCGUACGGCAUAGCAAAUGCGCGUGCAGCAGGAACAACUUUAUGUUGUUAUAUUUAAUAUGAGAGCGAAUUGAACUAAACUUAAAGGUAAGAAUAUUAACUAUGCAACCAUGGAAGUUAUUUUCGAUGUUAUAAUUUUAGAUUGUACUUUAGGACAUUUUUUUGGAUUUUCUUAAAUUUGUUUAAAUAAAACCACUAAAGUAGGGAAAACGUACAAUUUCACGAUUUCAUUAUUUUAUAAAAAAAAAUAAGGACGACGUUUUCUACCAGAAAUAAUGAUUUAAUCAAAAAAUCGCAAAAUAUCUUUUUUGUUACUUUUUUGAUUUACUUUCUUAUAGUAUUAUUGCUAAAUCUUUUGAGCAAUGGUUUAUCGUUGCUUACGGAUAUAAAUGAAAUGACCUUAUGUAUCCUACCUCCCAAAAUUCCUACCUACAACAUUAGGGCUGCAGCCAUUACCAGUAUCGGCUCUUUUUUUAAAUCGUCUGUGUUUAUAAUAUCAAAAUUCAAAAAAACACUUAUCAUAUCUCGCAUGAAAAUUAAAAUAUAGAAAAACACUUACACGGUUAAUAUAUUGUUCUUACUUUUAAGUUUGACAAUAGGUAAAUGUAGGUACUGUAAUAUGAAAAUAAAAGCACAAAGUUGUUCUAGCUGAAUGUUAUUUCAUACGUUUGUACAACUGUAUAAUAUGGAGAUAGCAUGUCAUGCGAGUAUCAUCUGUACGUCAACUUUAGAGGACGCUGUGCAUGCAUUUGUUUUCCCCAAAUAUACAAACGUAACACAAUAUACCUAAUAGUAAAAGUGAGUUAAGCAUAAACGUUUUUUGUGCUGAUAGUUUAAUAUUAGAGUGAAUGGACCCAAUAUUAAACUUUUGAGGGAAUAACAUAUGCACGUGUUUGUGCACGUUGCCGGUUUUUUGUUAUUUGAAUUUUUGAACAAUACGAGCGGUUGGUAUAUCACAGUUUAAUCAUGCUUACAUUUCGUUUAAAAACCAAAACAAAAAAAAAAAACCCGUCAUACAAAUGCAAAUAAUGUUCUUCACUUGAAGUAUGCAUAAAAGGUAAAUUCGCUCUAAUAAAAAUCACUAAAUCGGUUCUGCCGAACCAAUUAUUUACAUCUGUACUAAAGUGUCCUCUCAACGUCGCGAUAGUAUGAAUUUUAAUGUCGCAAUUUAAAUACAUUUCCCAAGAUCUCAUGAGAAAUGUAUUUAAUGUUUUUCUAUUAUCAUAGCUAGACGUCUAUUUCACACUGUAUAGAUAAAUCGUCGGGUAACGAUGCGUACUUAUUGACUUAUAAUCAGGGCUCGGAACUUUAUGCAUUUAAAAUUUACAGAGAACAGCUUAAAAACGUUAAAAGACGCUUAAAAAAAAUUUAAAAAGCAAAACUGACAGAUGACUCAGAGAUGUUUACAAUUUUCACCACCCCCCUCCCAACGGCUCUGAGCAUUAAAUACAAUUUUCCAAUACUAUAAAAAUGAAUAACAUAAAAUAUUUUUUUUAGUAAUACAUGUACUUACAGUUUUAUUUAAAAACUUCUGUUAAUCAUUUUUGUGGGUUUCGAAAAUUCUAUUUUAUAAGUUAAAGCCGUUAUAGAGAAGACUUUUAAAAACAAACUACCAUUUUUUGUACAUUUAAACCUUUUAUUUUACUUUUUGAUAGGUUUUUUUUUAAAUUUUAAUUGCAUAAAGUCCAGAGCUCUGCUUAUUAUACAUUCGAUCAUAUCAUUUUUACGUUUUAUUAUACAUUACCCAAACGAGAAACAAUCAAGUAAAUCACAGUGCCUAUCAUUUUUGAGACUGGUUUUAUUUUUAUAGCUAACUGCGAGUAUUUCACAAAUUAAGUAUUGAUUAUAUUAUAACCAAACAAUUUAACUUACUGUUUGUCAGUAUGGCACGGCCUGUACAGUUUAAGGAAUCGAAUAAACAUUUAUUUUUUAUUUUUUUCUGGCCAAAAACGUAAAGCGAAAAAAAAACGUAUUUCAUUGUUUUCAAUACAAUUAUCGGAAUGCCGAUAAGUAUUCCAGUAAGUUUAAUAUACAUUAUAUUUAAUAUUAUAACGAAAUGAAUAAUGAAGAAAAAAUACUAAAGUGAGAUAAUGUUCUUGCACUGGAGAUAAUAAAAUAUAAAUUACCUACCCACAUUAAUUAUUAUGCUCAAAGCUCUUCAGUAAAAUGAUUUAUUACCUCUGAUAACAUUGAGCAAUAUGAAGAAAAAAAAAAUGUACAUGUAUAUAAAAAUACAAAAAAAAAAAAAUACUUAUUUCAGAAAAUCCCCGUACAAAAGCCUUUUAAACCGAUAUUAUUAAAAAGUUCAAAACUCGAGCGCGUUGCUCGAUAUUUAUUUUAUUUCCUACGAAAUUAAUAUAUUUAUAUAAUUUGCGGUGUUAUUUUUUUUCAUCUUGUGGUAAUUAUUAUAAGUUUUAAUAUUCAUUAGUCUGAAAUUUCGGUUUUUAUUUGUGAACUACGGCACAACGCGAGUGAAAUUUAAAGUAUGUACUUGCAAAAGAUUAUGCACUAAAUUGACCAAAAAAAUAAAAAAAUACGAACCAUCCGAUAUUAAACUCUAUAUUCUGUUUUCGUAUAUGACGUGAUUUUUUUGAUUUUUGUGUUUUUCUUUUUUACUUAUGUAUUAAAGAAAUAAAAAACGAGCCGAUACUGCUAAUGGAUAUGCUACUUUUGUAGCCAUGGGUGUCUCACUGUUAGGAUGUUGGACAUUUUCACGAUUUUCAUCAAAUGUUGAACUUUAAAUAGGUUAUUAAAAAUAACUCCAUAACGCUCAACUUUUUUUUUUUUUUUUUUGACAACAAAUACCUUAUGUUUAACCUCCUGUUAAUUGUUCAAUAAUUUCUGAACAGCCAAAACAAUUUUAUCCACAUACAACGAAAUAAAAAAUUAAAAACUUGGAAAUGUUAAAUGCCUAUAAACAGCUUAUAAAUUGUCAGAAUGUUUUAAAAGUUUUAUCACGUAUCGGAAAGGCUACAUAUUAUAUUCUUUAUAAAUUCCAAACAAAAUCUACAAUAGUGAAACUGUAAUUUCCGUUAACAUUUCAGUUGUUUUCCCGGUUUUUCCCUGUCAUUAAAAAAACUACAAGGAAAAUAAUAAAAUUAUCUCCUCAAUCCACCAGCUAGAUCCAGUAUGCUGUAAAAAAAAAAAGGUUUUUUUUUCGUUUCAUGAUGAAUUUAAGUUGUUGAGUUGAUAAAAAAAAAAAAAGCUCACGUUAUAGUAAAACCAAUACAUGUGUUAAGAAUCUAAAAAAAUAAGAACUUCAAAAAUUGUAUAUUUAGAUGCAAUCGAUUUCGACCAACGUGUUUUAACUGCAUUAUAUAGUACACAACAAUAAUUAUAGUUACAUUAUUGAUGUUAUCCUUCAUCAUCCAUUCGACUAAACAUUCGGCCGACUAACAAUAAUAACAAUUAUCGUACUUACACGUCACUAAAUCUAUAAACGAUAGAUCACGGAAUAAUACAUAUACGUACAUUAUCAUUUUCACACGGAAAACGGUGUUUUCGGAUGGUUCCCGACUACAAUGAGUAUUAACCAUUAUGAUAGCGUUAAUAAAAUACCUUUAAUAUAUUAUAUUAUAAUAGUUUAUCUGCACCAAAUAAAUGAUUUCAAAAAGUUUUCUGUUAUUUUUGAAAUUUACCAUUUUACAUUCUUAGUGUAAGAAGCCGUUAGUUUUAGUAUGGGAGUUUUUUUCCCCUAGAAAAAUCUUUUUCCAUUUAGUAAAAAUACUCCAAAAAUUUUUCAUACCGUACUUCAAAAUGUGCGAAUUUUUCACUCAGUAGUACCGACUUUAUUUAAAUAAAAAAUGUCUAAAUUCUCAAUAGUUGAUCUGAAACAAUAAUAAAAUUAUCAACCAUUGAUGUCGGUACAUUGGUUUUCCUUUAGUUCGAUUUCUAGGUUGUUUUAUACUUAAUAUUGCAAAAAACACAAUUAUAAUACUAACUAAUCUUACCAGUUUAUCGAUCUCCACUGAAAAUCAUUUUAUGGCUGCGAUGAUUUAUCGUUGUUUAGUGUAUACACUAAAUUACCGUAAAUGUCUAUAAUUUUCACACUUUCUACCUACCAAAGUAUACCUGGUUUUUUUUUUUAUUAUACUUAAUGCAAAUCUGUUAUUGUUUCUACAAAAAAAAACCAAGUUAAACGUUUUUAACGUUCUGCAUAAAAUUAUAGUCUCAUUCGAGUAAGCAGUAUAUUUUAUUUUAAUUUUUUUUACCAAAUAUCGAUUUAAUGGAAUUUUCUUGGGUUUUUCUUUUGGUAUAGUUAAAAAAAUAAUUUUAAAGAAAUAAAAUAGUAAAAUCUUGAUUCGUUUACAAACUACAGUUUGCGUUAUCGAGCAACAAUAUUUUUGUAUUCUCCGAUCACCGAUGAUGAUAUACGUUUCCAUUAUCAUAGAAUAAUAAACAAAAAAAAAAAAACAUCGGAAAAUGGAAUUUGCUUUUUUUUCAUCGCUAUAUCAACUUUUGAAAACAUCUAUCUUAACUGUUGACAUAUUUUUAGAUACCGAGAGAAAAGAAUUUUCUUUCGUUUAGAAAAAAAAUAAAAAAAACUCAACAACCAUUAAGAUUGAUUUACAUACGGAUAACACAAGCAUCAGACAAAACACAUAAAAUCAAUCGUUUCCAAAAUAACGGAUAUAAUAUUAUCAUGAAGAAGGUGAUAAAAUUAUUUUUAAAUAGGUGCUAAUCGGUUCUAAUGUUCCUGCGUGUAAAAUAUACAUAUAAAACCGUGCAAUUCAAAAACAAUUAAGAACGUGCAAUACAAAAAAUUCUUCGAUCCUGGUAAAAAAGCACAUAAUAGUUAUAGGUACUAUUUAAAUUGCCCAUUAAAUUCAUUUCAUGGUUUGUUGUGAAAAAAAAAACUAUUUGUUAACACUAAAAGUGGGUAGGUACAUCGUUUAAACACUAUAAAAACGUAAUAAUAUUAUAAUAAUAACAGCCUUAAUACACAGUUCGUAUAGAAUAUCUAUGUACGGUGGACAUGUAACAUAUAUAUUUAUGUAUAAUAGCUAUUUGUUGGAUUUCGUCGUGGGAUUCUAAAUCACAUAACAUUAACAUUUAAAUUCACUUACGCGGCUCGGAGAUAGGAAAUAAACUCCAACCAUUUUUUUUUUUUUUUUUUUUUUUAAUUUAUUAAAAAUAUAAUUGUAUUAAAAAAGACUAACAUGCUUCAGAUUACGGGUGCACACUAUUGUAGGUAUAAAGUUAGGAAGGUAAGAUGGAUAAUUUAAUGUAAUGAUAAAUCAUUACUAAUGAAAAACGAUUAUGAGCCGUAUUAUUUUACGAUUUAAAAAUAAUACACUUCGUACAUUUUCCCGUUUCCCUACGUUUUUUCCCAUUUAUUAUGAAUUUUAAAAGGAGGUCCUUUGAGUUUUUUUUGGUCCAGUUGCUACAAUCCUUUGCCUCCCCUAAUACGAGCUUGUGAACGAAAAAAAUGAAAACACUUUUUAUUAUGAUGAAACUAAUAAGCUUUUCGUUUCACUUGGAACAAAAAAAAAUACUACACUUGGAAUCCGGAAAAAAAUUUCUGGUAAAAAUAACCAAAUCGAAAAUAAUGAAACCGUAAUUUCAAUAAUGCACCAUUAAGCAAAAUUUUCUUUCAAAUAAAAAUACUACACAUAAAAUGCAAGAUUUUUUCGUAUUAAAUGUGUUAAUAGACAAGGGAAAAAAGCACAUAGUAAAACAUCACGGUAAAACCGAAAUUAAAAAUUGACCUUUUUUUACCAACAUCCCCCUCCCAGGAACCCUUGUGGUCUACUGCAGUAACACCAAAAUCGAUAACGAUGUAAAUUAUUAUUGUUGUAAAUUUUCGUGCCGGUGUCAUAUUUUAACGGCAAACAAUGCGCGAGGUGGCCACGGCACUACGGUCGACGGACCACGUAUGAAUAAUGAAUGGCGAUUCCGGCUGGAGGAGAGGGAGAAGCGCAGAAGUUUUCACAAAAAGAACGGGCGGACGAGAAGUUUUUACCGAUGACGAUGGAUCGACACCGCGGUAAUGACGGUCCCCACGGGUGAAUGCUAUUUGCAUAAUAUUAUAUACGUCUUUUGUCGGUUUAUAAAUGUCGCGUGUCCGGCACCGGUACCGUUUUCAAUUAUUAUAUUUCCCGCGAUAGUCCGAUUGGCCACCCACUCGUUCAACGAGUUUUUGCAGUGCAUUCGCGUGAAUACAAUAUCCUAAUGCGAAUUACACCCACGCCGAUUAUGUGGCACGAGCAACAGACGAGAAACGGUGUACAACUAUCAAAAUCGUAGUCAAAUUUCACAUUUUAACUUGUAACAUGACAUCAGUGGCGUGAUUAAAACUUCUGAUAUCCGUGGCGAAAAUGCAUGUCACCGCAUAAAGAGCAAUUCGGCUGUAGCUCCUAAAAUCAUAACCGCCACUUCAAGAAGAAAAGGUUAUACUGAAAUUUGGUCAAAAAUUUAGCGUAAGCAACAUAAAGGCCGAUAAGUAAAAAAAUUAUAUAUGUGUGUGUGGGCACCCCUCCCCCUCACAAUCACUUUGACAAAACAAUGGUUAACACCUAACUGUCUUUAUUCAACUGUACAUACACUGAAAAACAAUGUUUUGGGCCCUGAUUUGGGGCCACUAAAUGUCAUGAGUCUGUGACUCAUUGCCCGCUACGCUACCCUAUCGGUACGCCACUGCAUUAUAUAAAUGUCCAUAACGUUUUACUAGAUUUGAUAACACAUCUUAAAAAUAAACAAAUGAUAUAAGCUCCGAUCCCUGAUUAUUAUUUAAGAUCAGUGCUCCUCUCCCUCGUAUAAGUCUGUUAUUGGAAUAUAAAUCAUUGACCGUAACUUCAAAUAGUUCACCAUUACUUCGUUUAGGACCUUGGGUCUCCUCCAUUCGUGAGCUCAUGUCGGAAAUAAAUCGAAAAUUACUCACGAUUUAUUAUGUGAAAUAAUACGUCAGGUGGUUACAUUGAAAAAUCAUUUCGUUUCUUUCAUAUAAUUUUCACAUUUCUAUUAUCACUGGAACAGGAAACUUACUGCCUGAGUCCAGUAUUACUGUAUUCACAUUUAGACUUUCACGAUUUUAUAAAUACUAUCGAUUUAAGCAUAAAUAUAUGACAAAAAAUGUAUUCACCGCAUAACCGAUUACGGCGUUUAAGGGGCUGCGUGUAAAGGCAACUCACACGAGAUUGUUGAAAAAAUUAACAAAAUUUUGAACCCGAAAAUAAUCAAAUUCACUUUGAAACCAACUUACACUUGAAUUCCCGUGUAGCCGUGUCGCAUAUCACAGAGUAUUCAUUGUUUUGUAAUCACAUGCAAUGUUUUCAAAAACAUUCUCGCGUAAAACAAAACAAAAAUAUAAGUAGGUACUCUCAAUGUUCAAAGCGAUUUUAGAUAUAAAACACCUGGGUAAAAUAAAAAUACCGGUGAGCAGCGGAGCUUCGCCGCUAUGGAGUCGAAUUUUCUUUCACCUAUUUUUUAUCGUAUAAUAUAGAACAUUGUAAAACACUAAAUACCCGAAUACUAUAAUAUUAAUAUAUAAUACUACACUAUAUACUAUAUAUAAUAUUAUAUUAUAUCACAUCCAAAAAAAUUAUAAAAUUUGAUCAUACAAUGGAUGACAGUUGAAAUUUAAGCUCCCAAAAACCACAUCCUUGAUACUAAUAACAGCCAUAAAAAAAAUGACAUCCCUUUAAACUAAUAUUUGAAGGGUCUGUAGGGGUGUACAGAGUUAAAAAAAAAAAAACAAUCUUCUUAUAGAACACUUCUAAAAACAUGGUGAAAUUCAACUAAAAUAAUAUAACUUCUAUCCACAUAUAAAAAAAUUACAAGUUCCGAGUUUGAGCUCAUUUGGUUCUGAGGUAGCCGCUAAAAUUUUCAAAAUGUAGCGGGAAAAUGUAUCAUGAAUAGUAAAAGAAAAUGUAUUAAAUCUCCGAAAGAAUCUAUAAUUUGCUGAUAUUGAAUAAUAAUUUAAAUAGUAUGUCUUCUAGUAUUUUUAUUAAUUUUAAAUCUCAAAGACCUUUGACAACAAGAUAUUUUUCACGUUAAUGAUUCGCGUGUGUAAUUAAUUGAGCCCGUACUACCUGAAAUUUAUUCGAUUAUUUUUUUUUAAAUUCUAUUUUAAGAUUUUGAGCAAAACAAGGAAUUUAUUGGUUUAGAAGUUUUUUUGUGUAUUUAUAUUGAUAUCUUUUCUACCAUAAAUCAUUCUCUAACCAAAAACAUUAUAAGAACAUUCUAGUAGUCGUUUUGAACUUAGUUGAUGAAUUAAGGUAGACAUUUUUUGAUUUUCCUUGUAGUUUUCUUAAUAAUUGGGAAAAACUAGUAAUUUGUUGUACAUUUUUUGUUGAUUUUAAGAUUACCUUGGUAAAAAGGGAAAAAUAAGAUUAUAAUAAUAAUCUGUUCAGAAUCGUUUUUCGUUAGCAAUGGUUUACCAUUGCGCACAGAUACAAAUAAAAAUUAUUUUUGAAUUAUCUUCUCUUCCUUGCUAAAAUAAAAUAAGCGUGUUUUUUUUUGAUUAUCACAUAGGUAAUAAUUUACAAAUUAAAGUAGGUAUACCUGUAAAUGUCUUGUGUUGCAGCGGAAACUACAGUGAAUUAUUGUUUUACUUGUCGCAGUAUUACCUGGAAAAGGGGUUUCCGGACCAAAAAUAACCUAUAAUAUUUAAACCGAAAAAAUGCCUAAAAAUACUGACUAGGUACAAUCCCAAUUGUUCGCAUUUUUAAACCCGUGUAGCGUGAAGGAGCGAUAACCGCUGCCUAUAGUAGGUACGCGAUAAAUGAAUGCUAUAUUCCGAGUAUGGAAUAUUCAUAAGUUUUUAUUAUUCGCGCAGUCGUCGGUUGAAUAUUUAAAAAAAAAAAAAAAAAAGUAAAAAUCUUAAGUUAUUGGUUUUCUUUUUUCUUGUUUUAUUCCGCGUUAAUAUACGAGCAUAUUACAAUCGAUUCCCAGUAUAUUAUUAUACGAGUGUACGCGAAUACUUUUGCACAAACAAAUCGAAACUGCGCAGCUCGAGUGUUGAUCGUAACAGAAUCACAAAUAAUAAAAUUACUCGUCGACGCGAUAGCACUCGUGUCAACACAUAAUAUUAGACACUCAUAGGUAGGUGUAUGUACAUUUCCGUCAAUCUGAAAAUCAUAAUACAAACCGACUUUUACGAAAAUCGUUUUAUACGUUUAUAAUAAUAUUGUAGUCGUCGAAUUACUAGUAAAUAAUAUAAUGUUCCGUUCGAUAAAUACAAAUAAUCGUCGUUUAAGACGAUUGAAAGCACAUAGUCUGUUUUUUUUUUUUUUCAAUCUUUGCAAGUGGAUAGCUUUAAAACUGAUUAGAAAAGAAGACGUUACACGCGUCACGCAUUUAUUGCGCUCGUUUUACAAACGCACGACGCACCGAAUAUUUUACAUUUAACUAUUUCGGGCAGAUUUCAUUAGUAUCAGAGCGAAUUUACCUGCUAUCAAACUUUAAAGAGAAGAACACUCCUGUAUUACCGAUUUCAAACAAGAUAGUAGAUAUUGUUAACACGAUUUGGCCAAAACGCGAGAUGAAUUCGGCCCCAAUACGAUUUUGGUGACGUUCAUAUUUUAGUCGGUUUAGACCUACUUUUGAAAGGAAUAUUGGAAUAUAGGAAUAUUGUGUUUGACAGGUUUCAAUUUCAAAAACCGAUUGUGAUUCAUUAAAAAUUAAAACAAUACGACAUCAAACAAAAAUAUUGUUACGAUUAAACACGUAUCUAUAGUAUUUAUAACGAUAAUACGAUGAAACAAUAACCUGCAAACGCAAACAAUAAAUCUAAUUUAACACAAAAAAAAAAAAACCGUAUGCACGCCGAAAAAGUUUUAAAUAACAGUAUACAAUUUAUUAUUAUUAUGAAAAUAUGCAACGAUUGUAAUAAUAAGCAAUAAAUCUAAAUAAUGUAUAUAUUUGUUUUCCAUAUUAUAACAAUAUAAACUCAAAGAAAUAAUAUAACGAGUUAUAUGUUCAAUAACGAAAAUGAAUAAACUAUAUAGUUUUGGAUGCGCGAACGCGUUAAAAUAAAAUAUGCUCAUUCAUUUGUUUGGUUAACAAACUUUAAGUAAAACGUAUUAAAUAAAAAAAAAUAGUUAAAGCUUAUCUGCAACACAGUUGAAAGUUUAACAAAACACCCACGACAUGUGCAGCAAUACAUCAUUUUCGGGGCGUUGCAUCUGUUGUAACAUUUUUCAUAAACGGUUCAGUCGUCGUCAUUCAUUCGGUUUUUUUUUUUUCAAAAUUAAUUAUGAUCCAUAACAGUCAUGAAUUCAACUUUAACGACUUCGAUUUAAUAUAAUAAUAUUCAUUUAUUGUUCAAUGUGAGAUUUCUAGCGGUAAAAAUUACAAAUAGCGUAUAAUUAUAUUAUGUGGUAUUACUUUUACGACGUAUUAAAUUAAAUUAAUGCAAAAGUGUAUUUAUUUAAAUCGAUUAAUCAAUCUUAUCGAUCGAAUAGCAAACGAUAAUCAUAAGAUUCAGAUUUAAAAGGAACGUGGAUGUACAGGAAAAGUAGAAAAAUGAGAUAUAGUCCUUUGCCUCUAAAAAUCUUAGUUCCUUGAUUUUUUUGCAUGGCGAGUUAACGCCAAAAGAUACAUUUUUGUUAAUGGAAGUUAUCAACAGCUAUUAUUAUGAUUGUAGAAUCCAAAAUCUCAAAUUGUCAAAAUUUCAACGGUAAUUAAUUAUUAUAACCAAUUAAUAUUAUUUAAAUAUUACUUAAUUUGAAAUAUAGGCAUCUAUACUGCGUUACAAAGUGUUUUAAACAAAAUGCAUUAAACCUAUGUUUAAAACGUUUUUAAUAUAAUUGUAUACAAUACUCAUAUACACAAUAGAUUUCAGUUGAUACAGGUAAAUUAAAUACAAUGAGGUAUAAAACUAUAAAAGCUAUCUUAAGAUCAUGCUCUAUUAAGGUAUUUCUCUGUAGCCAGUACAACUAUAUUUAAAUAACUAUUGUUUAAUUCUAAAAAUAAAAAUUAUCAAUAGGAAUUUGUAAGUAUUUAGUAAAUAUUAAUUAUAAUUACAAUUUCUACAUAAUUAAUUAUACGUCUAUCGUACUAACUUAAAUUAAAAAUUUUCAAAACGUUUUAAAUAAAACAAAAAUAUUUUAACCGUGUUUAAAACAUAAUAUUUAUAUUAAAUUUAAAAAAAAAAUUAAAACAUAGUUUUAAAAAAAUUAAACUUUUUUUGUAUUUCAUAUUUUAUUUUUGUAAAAACUGUUUUUUUAACUUCGUAUACCUAUCUUAUAACAAAAAUAUACGAAAGUCAAUUAAAAUAAAAUAAUUAAAAAAUCACAAUGUACAAUUUUAAAAAAAUGUUUUCAUUUUUAACAGAAGAUUACCUAUUGGUUUAAUAAACUAAGCUUUUGUUAAUCAAGCUUUUAUAAUUUUAUUUUUCGGACCUUCUAAAGUGGACGAAUUUUAUAUUAAGAAAUAUUAUUUUUUCUUUCAGAAAAUACUUUUUCGGUUAGUAAAAAUGGUCAAAACUAUUCAUAUGGUACUUAAAGGAUGCGAAUAUUGCAUCCGCUAACACUUCUUUUGAAAGGAAUUUCUAGAUUUUCAAUAUUUUUUCGAAAAACUAAAAUAACCGAAAACGAAACAUUACAAGACGCAUCGUAUUUUUUUAUUAUUUUUUCUUUUUCGUUAUUUUUAGGUUACUAUGGGCUACCGGGAUAAUACGUACACGAGUAUUUCUAAUAGAACCCGACCAGUUUACUGAGGUUCACUCAGAAUAGGUUUUUUUGAUUGCAAUGAUUAUUGUUGCUAUACGAGCUAAAUAGCCCUUUCCUAAACUUACCCUCCCCUAAUUCCUUGGCCAGCCUGGCUUUGAUAAUACGUAUGUCAGUCUUUUUAAAAUAAAUAUUAUUUUUCGAACUAAUCAUUUUUACAUACAAAUCCGUUUCUUGAAGCAUUAUUUUUAGGCAUUGCCUGAAAUGGUUUAAAAACGUGUAUGUAAAUACAUAAUAUAACGACAAUAAUAAAUAAAUUGUAGCAACAAUUACAACUAGCGUAACAAUAAUAAAUAUUAGUAAUGAGUUAUUACUAAUUAUAGUGCAAAAAUAAAAAAAAAGUGUUGUCCGUAGUUCGUAAUUUGAUAAAUUUCAGGUCGGCCUCUACUACCAUUAAAUCGUUCAAUAAUUUCGGAUCAGGAGGAGAAUUUCGGGAGAACAUAAUUCCGUACAUUACGAAUUGUCCGUUUUAAUGAACUUAAAAUGAUCGCGAUUGUACACUAACUGAAUAACGACCUAUACGGUCUGACGGGAAUCUAAAACCAACCGCUGAAAAUAUUUAGGAAAUAAAAAUAUUGUAGAAAAAGAACUGGUGACGAAUACAAUAAUUAUUGUGUGUGCGUAAUUCUACGUGUUCUCUAAUGGGUCAGUCAUACACUCCGGACCGCAGCCGGAGAUGACAAAAUGUUUAUCAUCGAUUCUGAGUGCAAGCAAAUUAUAAGCUAUUUGAUUCCACUAUGAUUUGGGUUUCUUUUUUCUCAACAUACACUUUUUCGGUUAGUUUACAUGGUCCGAUUUCCUCGCGCAGUAUCUCGAGAGACGCGGAAUUUUCGUCCGGUCGUACUUUAUUUGAAACGUUUAUCGACAUUUUCACGUCCGAUGACGUUUUUACGCUCGGAAAACAUUUUUUCGGUAAGUAUAGGGUAAAGGGACCACAAAUCAUUCGCGUCGUACAUUAAAAGACGCGGAUUUGUCGCCCGGGCGUGUUUUAUUUUGAAAACGUCGGUUAAGGGCGCGGGACGACCGCGAAAUCGGAGCUUUAUAGCGCGGGCGGUCGUUAACCCCGUCGUAGAGGCGGCUGCGGAUUUAAUUUCGGUAUGCGUGCAUAGGUAUACAGGUAUACAAAUAUAUUAUUUAUGCAUAGUGUAUGCGUAUUAUUCCGAAACGUUCCGUAUACGGGAAAGGUCGCGAAAAAAACGACGUAGGUUUUUUUUUUUUUUUUUUUUAUUUUAUUUUACCAUUAAGAUGUAGUUAGGGACCGAAAGAUAUUAUUCAAACGACACGCGGCACGUGUGUGCCGGCGUUACACGUACGCCCGGCCGUACGUGUGCGAGCUCGCGGGCACUCUCCGCGGUCGGACGAAAGCCCCUCGCCGGGCCCGGCCGGUAACGUCACGCAGACGGCCCUCGAGUGUUCGUAAUGACUGUCAGUCUUUCUAUCGCUCUCUCUCUCUCUCUCUCUCCCCAUUCCUCCCCCCCCCACAACGCGAUCUCUCACUCGCUCUCUUUAUCCGGUGACAAAUGACGCUGCCGCCGUCACCGCACCGGUCGCGUCCGCCCUCGCCUACCUCGGCCACCGUACACCACGUCGCAGUAUUAUUAUUUUGACUUGUGCCGCGCGCUCCGUCCUCGCCGGCGCCGUCGAGCGAGGAUCGGCCGCUGCGGUGUUUUCCCUUCUCGAAAAAGAAAACGCCGACUACGACGACACCGCCGCCGCCGUGCCGGAAAUGCCGAAAUGCCGAGAGAUAAAAAACUAAAAACAAUGAAACGCGCGCUUUACUCGCCGUUCCCGGACGCGUAUUAACGUUCCCUGUACUCGCAGACGGAAUCCUCCGACCAGUCCCCGUCCUUUGACCGCUCGUCGCGAAUCAAUCAUAAUCGCCGUUUGUCCGAUUCGGCUCCGACAAAUUCAGCAUAAAUCAGUGUUGGCGUGCAAAUACAAAACGUGUAUGUCGGUUUACACCUAUCGGAGUGACAACGUCCGGAGUUCACGAAUUCGUUAUCGUCAGACACGAACGCUGUAAAAUGUUUUAUUUUUGCUUAAAUUUUUAUCGACCAUCGAAAAAAUCGAUUUCAUUGGUAAUCGUCGGUUGUUGCCAUGGAGCCUGAAGUUGCAGGCGUUAUGUUCAACACAAUAUGUGGAAUUAUAGCUCAGGAAUGUACGAGUAUUGCAUCUCUUACGGGUGGCUACUUGUACGAAAAUUUCGAUAUGUCAUGCCCGUGGUCGCCCGGGUCGGAUGAAUGGACUCGUACAUUUAGUCUGCAUAUACGUGGUGACCGUUUAUGUUAUCAGAAUUACAUCCAAUCCACGAGUUCGUGAACCUCGGACGUAGUUACUCUGAUAGGUGUGAACCGGCCUUAAAUCGUUGAAUAACCACUACGGGUUUAAAUAAAACUGUGGUUAUAAAAUCAACAAAAUAUUGGACAAUGAUCAUUGGAUUUGAACCCAACAAUCCAUUGAGACGUCAUCAGUUUAGACAUGUUGAGGUGUAUGGUAAUAAGUAUACCUAAAUACCAAAACCAAUAACGCCAUACAUCUGCAGGCUAAUCAGAGGAUUUGCUUCUGUGGCUCGUUUCGAUUAGAAAAUACGCGUCCCGGAUAUACUAUUCGUAAAAUGUUGUGUUAUUAUUAUUGGUGUUGUUGGUGCUACUGUCGUAUACUAUACUAAGUGUAUUAUUAAAUUUCGUUUCAUCAAUAUUUGCACACGCAAAACGACGUGUUUCGGCCUAUGUGGCUCGAAACGCUCCGGACAGAAUAUUAUUCUUAAACCGAUGUUUCAGAAUUUAUUAUGCUAUAUUUUUGUGUAUGUCUCGUAACUUUCAGACUAUCGUGUUAUACCUAAUAUUAUUAUUUACUAUAUAUCAUUGUCGUUUUCAAGUAUUAAUGACCAUUAGCUUUUGGUAAUUUAAGGAGAUUAAAAAAACAUAUCUUUAUAGUAUAGUUGAAGGCCUUUAAAUUAUUUUAGCAGUUAAAUAUUUUAACGAUCUAACGGUAAAGUGAGUACAUCGAGAAUAUCAAAAAACCCCCGUUUGAUGGGUGGAGAGUUCCUCUCAAAAGGUCAUCUUCGGGAUUGAUAAUAUGUUCAUCAGACAUAGACUAAUUGUAUAUCGAAAUUCAGCUUUGACUGAACUUUAAUGUGGUAGUUUCAAACUGACGGCGGUCUGUUACUACCAAUCUACAAUCAAAUUAUAAGUCGCUAUAAACUUCCAAGUUUACCAUAUAACGAUUUAUAUUGCAAUAUUAUACAUUUGCGAUGUGUGAAUUUCGUUGUUAAAAAUAAUGAUGGUCUAAUUAAAAUUAUUAUUGACAUUUUUUUUUUCUUUUUUAGUUUAACUAACCUAAAGUCAAUGGAAUAGUUCGAUUUGAAUUAUAGUGUCUUACUAGAACAGUUAAUAAUUAUACAAAAAUAAUAUACCUACCUACUGCAAUUAGUAAUAAACAGUUCUAGGUAAUAUAUACCAUAAAAAGUAAAUUACUUUUAAAACUGUACCAUAGGUAAAAAGUAUUAAACGGUGUCAAUCUUGUUUAUUUGUAAUUUGUUGAAUGUAGGCAUCUUUCAUGACAUAUCUAAUGUAUUAAAAAAAGAAAAAUGUUGAAUAUUUUUGAAAAAUAUUUAUAUUCGAAUACGAUUCAUACAAGUAUUUAAAAGCGUAUUUUGAAUGAGUAUUUUUUAAAAGUAUUUUUCACGAGACUGAGUGGCCUACUUGAUAUUUCGACGCCCUUGUUCAAAAACUGAAUAGGCCGAACUAGACGUGUUCGUUAUAAUUCACGAGAAAAAAGAUGUAAACUGAUUUAGGAAUAUGUUAAUAAAACAUCGUAACAUUAUAGGUGAAAUAUUGGAAGCCUAACUAUAUACUAAAUAUUCGGAACAGCAAAAUACAAUGUAUCGUAAUGUAAAAUCGUAGGUGGUUGGAAUUUUUAUCGGUAUAGAUAUUUCACUGGAGACGGAAAACGUUCCUUUUGAGCGCUUAAAACCCAAUUCACCGUCAUAAAUCAAUAUUAAUCGAUAUGUUUGCCAAAUUCUUCGGAGUUAAAUAGCUUAAAUCCCGUAUGUAUACAUUAUAAUAUUAUAAACUAUCGCGUUACUUCACCUACUCGCAGUUAAAAAUAUAUUAUGAUUUUGGUCCAUACCGUAUUUUAUACGACAUAAUAAACGUACAAAUAACUUAAAUUGAUUGCUUCUUAAUAGUAGAGUCGUAGAGGUAUCCAUUUUAAUAUUCUCUACGGUAUUUCUUAUAGCUUGAUCAGUAUGCUUAAAUAAAUUUGAUUUUUAGAUUCAUUAUUAAAUUUACGAUUUUGUUUUUUUUUUUUUUUUUUUUAAAUAAUAACUCAGAAAUUCAGGAAAAAAAGAUAAAAAUGGAAUUACCUUAUAAUUUUUUGACUAUUACAUUAAAAUAAUUUAUACAUCUUUAAUCUUACAGACAUUAAUAAAUUAUUUAAAAUUAAAUACAUCAUAAUGUAGAAACUGUUAAUGGGUGUGCCUCUGUAGUAGCCUAUAGAUGGAAAAUUGGGAAGGUAACAUAAAACUAUUUAAUUUAUAUUUGUAAGCGAUGAUAAAGCCAUUACUUACGAAGAACAAUUCUAAACGAGGUUCAAUCAUCAUACAUGUUUUAAAAUAGCGUAAUAUUGACGAAUUUCAUCAAAAUUUAAACUUAAAACCAUUAUGAAAAAAAACUAAUAUGUAUAAUACAUUAAACUUAACUUUGUUUUACCGCUAAGUAUAGCUUACAAUGAAUCUCGUUUUAAAUUUUCAAACAUCUUUCUCGAAUUAAAUCAGUGGUUCUCAUUAUUUUUUUAUUCGUGCGACUCUUAACCACGACAAUCCAACCCUGCUUCACCUUACCGUCAAAGUAAACAUAAUACAUUGAAAUAUUAGGUUUUAAAUAAUUUUAAACUAUAGAUUUUAGAGAGAAACUAACGAUUUCAUCUUUUAAAAAACACAGUAAGUUUGCAUAAAUAUAAUUAACAUGUUUGAAUAAAUAGAUAGAAACGGUUAUUUAAAGAUAAAACUAUGUGACAUGCCCGUUAGUGUAUAUAAUUUUGGUAACAGCAAUGGUUGAAGAGUGAGUGAUGGAGAAAGGAUUAUAUGUUGUUACGACGCGACGGUGGUCGCGAUUACACGAUGGUGACAGCAAUAUAAUACAAUUUUAUUAGACAUAUUAAAAAUUAUAUUAUUUUUUUCCCUCUAAGAUUUCGUGUCACCUCUAUACUGGAUCCACGUCACCCCAAAGUGACAUGUCACCCAGAUUGAAAACCAGGUUAAACAAUUGUAUCCGUGCUUAUCAAAGAAAAACCGAUCAAGCGAUAAUUUUAAAUAGGCCAAAUCAAUGUAUGAAGCAACAAAUUGAGGGGUAGGGAAAAACCCGUACCAACGGUAAUGAUAAUUAAAUUUUAGUCGUUUACGUUAAAACACAAUAAGUGUGAGCUGAGACGUGUAAAUAAAUUGAAAAAAAAAAAUAAGUUUCAAAAAGAUAUUCGAGGGACAGGAUAAUCAAUAUCUAUAUAGUAUCUAUAUAGGUCCGUAGAGAAAUUAUUUUGUGUUGAAUAUCGACUACCUAUGUUGUUUUUUUGAAAUUAUUGUUUACGUGCUGUUCGAGUUUAAGUUUCUAAUAGCACACUAUGCAUACACCAAAAGCGCAAUAUUAAUAUUUUAAAAUUCUAAAUAUUAUUAAAGAAAAUAUAUAAAGCUUAUUUAAUUAUUUUACUAUAAAAUGACAUACAUAUUAUUGACAAUGCAUCACUGUCAACUGAACUCCGCUCAGAAUCGUGUUUUCGUAAGCAAUGGUUUAUUGUUGGUUAUAGAUAUAAAUUAUUUCCCCCUUCUAUAUCCUAAAUUCCCAACGUCUCACCAACAACAGUGGUUGUUUCCAUCGAGCUAAGUAUGUUCGUCUUUUUUUGAAUAAUAUAGAAAAACCGAAAAAUACGUAAAAAGAACGGGAAAAUGUACUAAAAUAAUUCUAUUAUUAUUUUAAAUUUCAAAUUUUUAUCUUAUCUAAUAGAAAAAUGCAUAGAAAUUCAAAAUUUUAAUAGAAAACUUAUAUUCGCUCCGUGGAUAAAAUUGUUAGACCAAACAGAAAUGCAUGAGAAUUUAACAGGAGGUUCAUUAUGUAAUUUAGUAUUUUUAUAGAGUUUUAAUAUCAAAUUUUAACGAAAAUCGUAAAUAUUGCGACUUUCAAAACAUGUAUAGGUAACCGAACUUUCAUUUCGAAUCGUUUUUUGUUGCUUGUUAGAAAUGGUUUAUUGUUACUUACAAGUAUAAAUUAAAUAACUUUGGGUUUCCUACCUUUCUAACUUCCUACCAACAGCAGUGCCACACCCGUCCCGAUUAGCUUUUUUUUUUUAAAAAAAUUUAAACAAUUAAAUAUUUUGAAAGCAUUUUUAUAAAAUUUACAAUUUUUUUCAGAGCCCAUUACGACAAUUAUCGGAGGACCAGACAUGUUCAUUAAUAAGGGCAGCACUAUGAACUUGACUUGCAUUAUAAAGCAUAGUCCAGAACCACCGCCUUUGAUUUACUGGACGCAUGAUUCAAAAGUAAGUGUUUCAUUUGACUUUUAUUUCCAAAUCAUUUUAUAGUAUUUAUACAAUAUAUUUUGUAAAUUUUUAAAUACAUUAAUUCAAUGUACGAAAAUCUUGAAUUUGGACGGUUGCAAAAAUAUAAACAGGGUACUACAAAAACUAUAGUUUAUCAGUAAAACGAUACAUAAAGAUAUGUGUUUUAUAAAAAUAGACACAUUUUAUGAACGUUACGUACUGGAAUUCAGUAGGUAACAAAUAUGUAUUAUUAAAGUUUUGAAAUUAUUCUAAAUUAUAUAAUGUACUCUUCAGAGGCUGUUUAAAUAUAGUUUGUUUGGUUAUCUGUAUAACAAAGAUUUGUGGUGGGGGUGGAUAUUUAGUUGGUCAAUUGUUUGCGAAAUUCCGUGAACUAGUUUAUACAAAAUUCUAAUGACUAUUAAUUUUAUAGUCUACCUUUAUCAAAUGCAUUAUCAAAAACAAACUGUUGGUUAUAAUCAGUAAAAUAAAUUUUUCCUAACCUUAGAUCAUGUACAUUAUAUUUUAUAUCUUUAGGCAUUGUUUUUUUUUUUUUUUUAGUAAACAAAAUUAGAAAUUAUUUACGGUUUUACCUAUAAUUAUUUUUCAGUUCGAAUUUUUUUAAAAACCCUUUAAAAAAAAAAAUCAAAAAUUUAUCUGUCCGACGCAUCAAUAAGAGAAAAUUUUCUUUCAAAAAAGGUGCUAUACUUAAUACUUCGGAGCAAGAUUUCCGGUGGAAAUUCACAAAAAGAAAAAAAAACACAUUUCUUAUAGUAAAAACCAAUUGAUCUCUCGCUAUGCUCCAGAUCUUAAAAAAAAAAAUGUAUAAGGUUGUAUUAAACAAACACGCAAUUCACAUUUAUAUUUUCUAAAUAUGUCUAAGCGAAUGGAAUUCAUAAAUUAAACGAAUUUAUUCUCGUUACAAGUAACAUUAAAUUUCACGAGUUUCAAAAAUAUAAUAAUAUAGUACAUUAUGGCUUUAAAACAUAUUAUACUAAAGUAGAUUAAAUGUACAAUGAAUAUAAAGUUAACUUUUUUUUUAAACAAUAUAUUAUAAAAAGAUGACAACCUCCCUCCCCCAAAUAGCAAAACUUUUACUUGAGUCGAGUCAGUUCAAAUAGACGAUUUCUACUAUAAUGAAAACUAAUUGUAUUGCAGAAUAAUUUACUUUAUAUAAAAAGAAAAGGAAUUACUGGAGUAAAAACCAAUAGAACUUUCGCUACUCUCUCAAUCUAAAACUAAUUGUUAUGCUAGUGAUUUCUAAUGGAAAUUUAGAUUACUUCCCCUACCAUAUCGAAUUAUUGAAUUUUGACUUUGGACGCACUGCCACUUACAGUGUUUUGUGUUCGAUUUUCAAUUGUACCUAAUAAAACGUAAUGCGAAACAAAUAAAAACGAUAAUGAAAAAAAAAACCACCAAAAUAGUGCAAUGAUCUAUACUUAAAUUACUGUGCUCUCGCUGGUCAUGGCGUUCACAAAUACCAAAGGAUAUUGCCAAUAUCGUAUCGUGUGAUCGACUAUCACCAACCAACUGCACGAAUCGAUUGUUGAAUAAUUAAUUAUAAAUAUUAGUUACAUAAGUGUUUAAUGGUCUAUACCACGAAGCGUUAUUUCUUUGGUAUUUUUUUUUUUUUUUUCGAUUACAUUUUCAGAAUCUAAAUGUACUCUAUCCAUUUUUGAUGGGUAGGUAAUGGAAUUCAUGAAAGUCGUUAAUCGUAUAUUCUGGAAUUUCUGGCAUUAUCCGUUAUCCGUUAUCCGUAUACCGUAAUACUCCACGUUUUUCAAAAUUUUAAAAUAAUUUAUAAUAACAAUUUUGAAUAAUAUUAUAGAAUAGUUAAUAAAUUUGAAUGAUUUCUAUAUUGUUCAAAUAUAUUAUUCAACCAGUGGUAGUAUAGUGUGUGUAUAAAUACACAUAUAUUAAAUAUUUAGUUUCAUCAAAUGGAUAGGCAAAUUAUGAAAACGAAUAAACGGUAUUAAGCUUGUGUAUCAAUUUCGUGUAAUUGUUAAAUAUUUCACCAAGUGGAAAAAAAACGGUUUUCAUUUCGUGAACAGAAUAAUUUUUCAUGGAAUACACAAUUCCAUCAAGAGAAUACAAUAAAUAUGUGCAUAUACCUGUUUAUUAUGUACUGUUAAACAAAGAUACGAUACAUUUAUUUAAAAUAAUAAUUUAUUCGAUUAUUGCAGUCCACUUUAAUUGUUUGUAUGACUCAAUAAACUGUAUGUAAAACUCGAUUUAAGUGGAUUUUUCACAAAAAAAAAAUGUAUAUUAUUUGCCGACUUAAAUUCAGAAUUAAGACUAUAUAGGUCAUAGGUGUAUUUUAUGCAUAUUUUAUAUGGGUAGUGCAGUAUUCAAAAAUUAGCUCCGACCACAUCUUAUAUACAAUGAAUAGAUAUUGUAAUUUUAAAAUAUUCAUGGAAUUUUUUAAAUUGUUUUUUUUUUAGAUUUAUAAAACAGUAUCGCGCGAUCUGAAUAUAAUAUAAAUGAUCAAUAUCUUUUUAUAGUAUCCAGUAUUUUGUAUCAAAUAUCAUGUGAUAAAAAUAAAAUAAAACCAUCUAAUUGAAUAUUAUUAUUUAUUUAUUUUGUUUUUUACUUUUAUGACUUGUAGCAUUCCUUACUUUUGUCUUUUAUAUUUACUUUCCUCCGUAUAGUUUUUUCAUAUCUCUAAUAUUAAAUGAGAUAUUCAAGAGAUUGCGUACUCAUCGGGUCAUAAAUAAUAAAAGUUUCCUAAAUAAAAAUCCGGAUCCACUACUUUACGACGACAAUGAACCUUCAUUUUUUUUUUUCAGUUUUUUAUAUUUUUAAUAUCACUCCCCCGUGUACUUUACCACGUUAUUUAAGUUGAAAGAAAAAAAUAUCACUGAACCAAACUUUUAGUAGACAUGUAACAAAUAAAUAUCAAAACCAAACCAAAUUCUCGUAAAAAAAAAAAAAUAAAAUAAAAAAGAAUACAUUUUUUCACGCGAUAAUAUUUAUGUCGGGUGAAUUGUUUUUCACGUGUUAUUGUUUGCCACUGGGCAUAGCAAUACGAUUAUAAAAACAAAAGGAGGACCCCACUCAUUUUGGCCUAGACGCGUACAUAUACUCUAACGAGGUUUGGUUUGCAACCGUUCCCCGGAUUUGUUUUCAUUUUUUUUUUUUUUUCGUUUUUCCCCGCCGUUAUUAUUAUUUCACCGUCGGAAUCCAAUUGCAUUUGCACAUAACCAGAAAAUUAAUCGAAAAGCGGAUAAGCUUAACAAAAUAACAGGACACCUCAAACGCAUAAUAAUUAUUAUUUUUCAGUAUGCUACUUUAUAUUAUUAUUAUACUCGUAUAAUAUUUUACCAAGCCAUUACAUACUUAUACAAUUUGUACGGUUAUAACUAAAAUAUUGGGUUUAUUUCAUUGAUGAAACUCGAAUAAAUGUAUAGUUACUUUAAGAGCACUUGAAAAGAAAGAGAUUUGGGAAGAAGGUUACGGAGUGAGCUUAGCCUCCCCCUGCAAUCUUCCAAAACUCUACUUAAAAUUUGUUUUUUAUUUGAUGAGCCGAUUUUAAUAUAAUAUUAUAUUAACGGUAAUUCUAGUACCUCCGGAUUCCCUACCACCGAAAAAAUGGGUAUCGAAUGUCAACAUAAGUCCAGUCGUGGUUACUGACAUCGAUAUUGUCGUAAUUCGUUAAGCGAGAAAUUUAAUUUGAGUGCGCAUACUACCGACGUCCAACAUUCAAAUACAACGAUAUCCGCAUAGAAAAUAACCUGAUAAUAUAUUGAGUAUAUUGCUUAUUAAAUGUAUCAUAAUUAUAUGUUGGAUGUGUAGCGUAUAAAACGAAGAUAUUACCGAUAUUCGUGCAAACUAAAUUAUGAAACGUGCGCAUUAUAAUAUUAUAUAGGUAAUGAUAAUACGGCCCUUACAGAUUAGUAUAUGUCUGUCGUUCGGCUUAUUCUGUGGUGUGAAACGUACGAAUCGAAAAUGUAUUUAAUCGUCGUGUUCGCUGAUACGAAUUAAAUCGAAUACAGUAAAACGUCCUUACAACAGGCGGAUAUCUCCUUAAAACGAUAGACAACAACAGUUCUGCAUAACCUGUACAUCCCGUGUGAUAUUUUAGUAUCCCAUUGACGGAAACUCCUUUAUAACGGAAAAAUCAGCCGGUACCGAACGAUUCCGUUAUAUAAGGAGGUUUUACUGUACAUACGUUAGACGCAUAUGACAAGUAAACAAUAGAGUAUCAUACUCGUAAAAAUAGGAUUUCCAAUAAAUAAUAGUUUAACUCGCGAGCGGCGUUUAAAAAAAAAAUAAAGGCGUCUAUAUUAUCACGAGUAAUUCUCGACAUUGCAUCAAACGUCUGCGAAUAAUAAUAAAUGACCGUCGAACGGUAUACCAUAUUGAUCUGGCAGGCCGCUACGUGUUUCGGGUAGACUAUAACACGAUAUUACGUUACUGAAACUAACGAAUUUAAGACCCGGGGUAGUUUGAUUAAAUAUGCGAGCAAUGUAUCCCGUGGCUCGCAAAAACGAUUCCAUACGGGAAAUUAUUAUUUUUUUUUUCGCAAUACAAAACAAUAACCAGCAACUAUAUAAUACCUAUAAUAACUAUAUUAUACCCACCCAUACCUAUGCCCGAGCCCAAUAUCCCCAAAAUAUUUGUUUAGCGCAAGACCACAACAUAAUAUGAAUAAAUUAUAGUUAUAAUUGAAUAAAUACCUUCAUUUAAAAUUACAAAUUAAUCUACAACAAUAUUAUUAUUAUUUUUUUUUGUUCGUGUGGCAUAACACGAGCACCACAUUUUAUCUUAACAUAUGUAAAUAAUUCAUUUUGAUUAAAUAAACAAACUCGGACAACAAUAUUAAACUAAUAUUACUUCUUUGGUCCCAAGUCAUUAGGAAGAAUGACGCUUAAGUUAAUUUCAUAAAAUAAUUUUUAAACAACAAAAAAAAUACGGAAAUUAUGGAAUCAUAGAAAAAUGUUGAUUCAAUUAUGAAAAAAAUGUACAUAAUAAUUUACUUUGAAAAAUUCAAUAAAUUGACUUAAGUCCUUCCUUGUGAUUCAAAUAUUUUAAUGAAUAAACUUAACUAUUGUGUUUUUUAAAACAAUAACUUUUUGAAACUACUUAUUCAUACUUUUCAAAAUUAUCUGUAUACGUAUUUUAAAUACAUUUCGGAAUAAUAUCUGUAUUAUUUGUACUCUAAAUAUUCAAAAUUCUACAAAAAAAUAAAAUUAUCAAUUCUGGAUAUAAGGUCAAAAUAUCUACUUGCUUUAUGUUUAUGAUUUUAAUUGAAAAGUGAUAUAUAGAUGGUUUUUUUUGUGCUAUGAGCAACUUUUCUACUGAAAAUCUUACUCCGAUGUAUAUCAAGUGUAGCAUCUGAAAAAAAACUUUAUUUUGUUGGUUUAUAAGAAUCAGAUAAUUUUUUUUUUCCCCGGGGGUUUUCAUAAUAAAUGGAAAAACCGAAAAUAUCGUAAAUAUUACGGCCUUUCAAAACAUGUAUAACCGAACUCCGCUCAGAAUCGUUUUUCGUUAGCAAUGAUUAAUGGUUGCGUACAGAUAUACAUUAAAUUUCACCUCUGACUUUACAACUUCUCACCUCCAACAGUGGCCCACCCAUCGUGUGAAGUAUGUCCAUUUUUGUUUUUUUGUUUUUUUUUUUUUUUUAUUAAAUUUACUCGUGAAUCCAAAAUUGUAUUUGUAAAAAUUUAAUAAAAUACUUCUCAUAUAAACUCAUAUAUAAGUAUAUCCCGGCCUAGAAGUAAACGUAGUAACAAUAGGUAUAAACUUAAAGGUGAAAACUUAAAUCUUUAAUACGGUGGCGUUCAUUUAACGAUGCUCGUUUUUCUCAUAAGAACUUCCUGUUAAUUAGUGUUUAGAUUGUCCAGAAUAACUUUUUUUGUAUAGUUGGAAAGUAAAAGGCCAUCAAGUCUGUACGUACACCGCGAUUACCGCGCCAUCACCAGUCACCGUCAUAUAGGUUGUAGAUGGUUUUUAAUUGUUUUUGAAGUUUUCUGUAAAUUAACGAACACUAGAAGUCGUCGUUAGGUACAUGGUAUAACUGCAGUAUACCUAUAGAGUAGUUGGUCGACAGAGAGAAUUUAUAUUUACCAACGGUAUCAAAGUUUUCAAAGAUUCGGAUGCAGUGCCCAUUACCUACUCUAAAUGUACCUAUCUGCCAUCCAGAAAUGAGUAUAAUAUUUGUUUGGUGCAGUACAACACCGCGUAAUAUUAAUAAACUGCCUAGAAUUGAAAUUCGUGCGGAAAUAAUGCUCGAGAUAAAUCUAAAUUAACACCGUAAUAAUACUGCCGGCAUACGAGAAAAAACACAAUAGCCCCAAUUUCAGUCAAUAUUGAGUUACUGUAGAUAUAAAAUAAAAUAUUGCGAAAUUGUCUAUAAAAUCCGUCAUUUAAUAACCAGAAAAUUUCUUUUUAGACCAAAAAAAAUUAUAUAUUUUAAGUAGAACUCAUAGAAAGUGCAACUAAAAAUUACGUUUUACUGAAAAUUUGAUUUUUUGGAGUUGUGUUUUUUCGUGUGCAUGCAUACACGGUUAUGUUUAUUAAUUUAUUGUAUUUUUCCAGUGUUUUUUUGCUCAAUAAAAAUAUAGAUAUUUUCAGUAUAAUAAUUAUUAUCAUAGUUAUAAUAAAAAAAUUAAAUUGUAAAACACAAUAAUUGUCAAGAGUGGUGUUAGAAGAUUUAUAAUAUAAAAUUACAUCAAGUAAUAGUAUUAUUGUUUUUUCUCUCUGGACCACUUGCACUAACAGUGGCGUCUUUAGAGGAUGGCAAAGGGGUUAUGGCCACCUCCAAAUUCCAAAAAAAAAGUUUUAAAAAAUAUAGAACAGAUAUUCUAUCAACUAUAUAAUUGAGUUUAAUAUAUACACUUUUAUUAUUACAGUAUAUAAUAUUAUAUUAUAAUAUUAGUUUAGCCGAUAUCGCCGUAAUGAAGUAGACCCUUGCUUAAACUAAAAUGGUGGUUAUCUAUGGCACUAUUGUUUUAAAAACAUCUGAAUAUAUUUCGAUAUUACAUAUAUAUUUAUAAGACAUUUUAUCGAAAUAAUUUGUAUAUUUAAAAUAAAAAAUAUGUUAUGUUUAUGCCCUGAACAAAAAAAAAAAAUACUAAACCCUAAAACAUCCACCGUGUGCUACAGUUAUUAUUUAAUUUAUUGUUCGUGUAGAUACCUAUCGGGCAGCAAAUCCAUCACACAAGAUUAUUAAAAAAAAAAAAAAAAGAAAGUAGUACCUGCCGAUAUAAAAUUUGUGAAAAUAAUUCUGCAAUAGUUGAAUAAACUGUUUAAAUAAAUAUCAUAACAUACUAAGAAUAAAACAACGUGAAAUUAAAAUUCGUCUAAUAAAUAUACAAAUGUUUAAGGGAACAUAGAACGUUCGGGUGUUACCGUUUUGACGUGACACGUUACGGUGGCAAAAUUGUUGAUCCUAAGAUUAAAGAUAAGACGUGAAUAAAAUGUACACAAUUAUGAAUUUAUUUAAAUAAUGUUGAAACGGCAUGUCGAUUUGAUUUUAUUUAAAACUUUGACUAUGUUUGGGGUGAGCACUCCAAAAUGAAAUUCGUACGAACGUAUAUUCAAAACAAAACAAUCACAACAAAUCGUAGACUAAAUAUGGAAAUGGGGAAAUUACGAUCAUUCGACGUUUUAAGAUUUCAAAAUAAAUAUUCAAGGAAAAUUCAAGUCAGUCAUGAAAUAUUUUACAACCAACUUGAAGCGAAGAAGAUGUCCGAUAAAUAAAUUAAAAAUAUAUAAUAAAAAAAUUGAGAAAAGACUACAAUUAUAAUUACCGAGCUACAAUUUCAUAUUUAACAAAAUGGUUUACAUUAAAUUUAUUAUUAAAUAAUUAAAGUAAUAAAAUAAAAUAUUUUUUAAAUGUUAGAUUUUUUUUUUUAUAGGAAAUUCAAUUUAUUUUUUUUUUUUUUUGAUGUUUAUAGUUUAGUUUAGUCAUUUAUAUAGAAUGACGAGUGUAGAUUCAAAAUGUUUAAUAAAAUCUAAACAAUAAUCAACUUUCAACAUUAUUUAUAUACAUUUGUAAAAAAACGGUUUUUUUUUGCAUUCUAAAGGAUGUAUUAAAACUCACUCCAAAACGCCUUUGCCAAAACAGACAGGCCAAAAUUAUCACGCUCAAAUGUCCUGGAUUCGAUUUUUAAACACUUCUUCAGUACUAUUAUAUAAUUGAUUUUUAUAAUAUAGUUUUUGAUAUUUUUCAUAAUUUUUGCUUAAUACAAAUAUUUAGGGAUUAAUGGGACGCUAAAUAUUAUCUGUCAACCAAAUAUAAUAUUUAUAAUAUUUCAUUUUUUUUCUCCCAAAUGCAAAUACUCCAUAAUACCCCUCGUUGUCCCUCGGACUAGUACCAUCGACAAACAUAUUAAAUAUUUGAAUGCGAUGCGUUAUACGGGUUAAUUAGGUCUCAUUGUCACGUCAUCGUUGCAUAUUAAUUUCACCGAACAAAAAGUUGCACGCCGAUUAAAACCGUCAAAAAUAAAAAAUCGUUCCAUAGACACCCUCGAAACGUAAUCACCCGAUUGUUUGAUAUUUUCACUUUACCGUCAACACGUAUAGACCAGCCAGAAAAAGCCCAGCAGAAUAAUAUUAUUAUAAUCGUGAUGUAUUCGAUGAUUCAAUAAACCUCGUAAUAAUGUUCUAUUAAUUUAUAAAACUAAACUUGGUCAAUCUGAUUGAAGAUAAUAAUAAUUCUACAUAAUAUUACAUAUUGCAAUUAUACAUAUUAUAUUACAAAAACCCAUCACUACAGUGUAUUCGAAGAGCAAAAUAUUAUUAGCAAACAUCAUCAUAGCCGGGAGUUUUAUAAUGACUAACUCUCCUAAUAAUCCCUAACUAAAAAAAGCCCAGAGGUUUAAAACAACACAGCAUAGAACACUUAAAUGAGUUAUAUACUAAAACUUGAAAACUUCUGGUAAAAUGUAUACUAGUGGUGCAUUACGUCUCGGUAUACACACAGCGAAAUAUGAUAUACAUUACUUAGUUUAAAACCUUGUAUACCUGGCAGAAAAUAUCCAAAAACACGAGACAUUAAACCGCCGAUCUUGAAAAAAGUCUUGAAAUUCAAAAUUUAAUUGAAUCCAAAUCCCUUACAAAAGGUAAAAGGUAAUUGUAUAAAGGUAUACAAUCCCUUAAUUGAUUAUAUCUGUUAGGUUUAUGAAUAAAAAAAAAACAAAAUUGAAAGCGUUGUAGGUAAUAGGUAGAUUGGUGAAUGAAUGAAUUUUGCCUUAAAACGAAUUAUAUAAUAUUUGAAUUUGCGUUUUUGUCAUUUUAUAAUAAUGACCAGAACUUGUUCUGGACAAUAUUAUAAAUAACAAUGAGCAGAAUGUUUUAUGGACAUGGUAAUUUAGUCAUUAUUUAUUAUUUUAAUGUACAAUAAUUUAGGCAGUAUUUUGAGUAUUAUAUUAUUAUAUUUUACGCAUAAAAAUAAAUUUAAAAAAACGAAACCCAAAUAUACUCGGAGUGGUCAUAUGUAUAUAUUGUAUCAUAACGGAUGUCAAAAAUUACAAUGAACAAUGAAACAUAUAUUUAAAAUAUAAAACCAUUAUAACUAUGCAUAAGGUAUAGGUAUUUAUAAUGUGUUCAUUAAUUUGAACUAUUAAUCGAUUGAUUUUAGAAUCAAUACAAUUUAACUCAUUAAAAUUACAAAAGUGUUUCUUUUAAGAUUUGAAAUUUUUUUGGGAUUUAUUAAGUCACAUAUAACCAAUUGUGUGCCAAUUCGGUAUAUUUUUUAUACUGAGUGCCUAGCAAGAAAUCUAUUAGUAAUGUGUGAUAAUGAAGUGUGUUUUGUUUUUCUGUCUGUAAACAGCUUUUUGAAAAAAAUUUUGUUUCCGAUAUAUAGAGUUUAGCUCGUUUUCUGAUAAAAAAAUUUAUCUCGUUGCUAUAUUGGAGAAGUAAAUUUUGGAAUUUUCCAAAGGAUUUUCAAAAUAAAUUGGAAAGAAAAUGAUAAGGAAGACGACAAAUAUUUACGUCGUAAAGUUACCGAUUUCAUUAUUUUUCAUUUGUACAAACUAUGUUUUCUACCAGAAAUAUUUAAAACAUUAAAGCUAUAUUUGAGCUUUAUAGACAUUUAAAUUUUAUAAGUUUUUUUACGUAAUUUUUGUUCGGUCUUUCAAAACUUGAAUAACCGAACUUUGCUCCAAAUUCUUUUUCGUUAGCAAAGGUUUAUCGUUAUUUACAAAUACAAAUUAAUUAUCUUUGUGCAUGAUUUUACCCGACUUCCCACCUAAAACAGUGGCGCACCCACCUCAGGUAUCAGCUUCUUUUUUUUUUUUAAUAUUAUGCCUUUAUUUCUAUCAAAUUGAUAAAAGAAUAACUAUCUAUAUUAAAAUAUUUUGACUUUUAAGUUUUUUCGAUCGAAUUAUAAUUUAUAAAUAUAAUGAUUUUAAUGUUAUACAAUAAUACAGCAAACAGUUUUUUUAAGGGUUUCCUAGCAGUAUGAUUUUGAAUUUACUAUGCAUAAAAUAACAUUAUUAACCGAAUGAGGUUAUAUAACCGUCCUAAUACAAUUAUCCUUCGUGGAACAUUAACAAAAAGAGGUACGAAAUUACAUUGGAGUUAUAAUUAGUACCAGAUUAAGUGAUUUAGCGCGUUUAGGUCGGUAUAUUAUAAUUUGGUGUCACUAACAUCAUUUUUGUUUUUUGUUCAAAUUGAUCGAAUAUAAUAAGUAAGACCUACAUAUAUUCGAUACAUCUACCUACUCAUUGUAGGUAUAUAAGCAAUGGAUGACUUUUACUGACCUCACUCUCACGUUAAUAAUUCGUUGAUAAUUAAUAAUUAUGCCUUUAAAAUUGAGCAUAAUAUUUAAUAUUUCAUAGACAAUACUGACAAAUUAUUGACACGAAUAUUGAAGUUUUUUUUUCGACAACUCAAAAUCGUAAUAAUAAAAUAAAACUUAAUAUAGUAGGUAUGAAUAAUUAAUUUAAUUCUGAAUAAAUAAUAUUUUAUUUUAAUUAAGUUUAGUCGUGAUUAUCACAAAAAUAAUAAUUCUUGUUUAAUUUUAAAAAAAUAAUUCAAUUACUCCUCAUUUAUAAAAAUAUAUUUUUAACCGUAUUAAUUAAUUAAGUAAUUAGUCGAUCAAAUAUGUAUUUAACAAUCGAAUAAUAAAUGACGAAUAACCAAAAAAGUUACAAUAAUAUGAAUGCAAAUAUCUUAAAAUAAUCAUAAAUUUAUAAAUUAAUAAUAAAAACUACCCUAUAAAAUGUAUUUUAAUUUAAUAUAAUACUUUGAACAGUUCUUAAUAUUCUAAGAUUAUUGUGAAGAAAAUGUUAUAUUAUUGUAUAAUUUUUAUUCCCAAAAAAAAUACAACAAUGCGUAGAGUUAAAAUAUUAACACAUUACAGUUUUACACGAUUUUCAGGAAAACUAUACCAAUCGGAAAACUGUUAGAAAGUAAACCGUUUACUUACAUUAGGCACCGGAUUUCAUUACCUCCGUACAAUUGUUUACUAACAGGUCUUUAACAAUAGGUAUCUACUGCUUUAUGGGUUUACUGUACACUUGUGCGGAGCGUCUUACUUUAAGCUACUGUGGCGAACAAGUGAGAUUCGUUUAUGUGGGAGACCGCGGAAGGCAUAAAGACGCCACACGCAUCACCCAUCUUCUCACUUCUCUGGAUUUACCCAGCAAAAGCACUUAGUUUUUACUCACCUUAAUCCUAACUUACCUACACUCUUCCAAACCUAUACAACAGUUACGGAUACCAUGAACGUACUGUUGUAUUUAGUUAUCCUAUACAUCUUAUCACUAGUAUUUGUAUUAAUUUUCGCUUUGUUUUUACCACACAUAUAAACGUGUUUGAUUGUUUCCCCGUCAUACAUACAAUUAUACAUAACACACUGCCUCCGUUUGACUUAAAUACAGUGCGUAGCAUAUAGACACUCGUGCUCUCAUAUCAGGACAAACAGUUGUUUAUUAUGAACACACUGAAUUUCAAACAACGCAGCAUCUCAUUCACGUCUAUUUUUAGUAAAAACAAUUAGUGUGCAAUAUUAUAACAAAGUCAAAAAGCGUACGUACUUCUCGUACUUUGUGUACCAAUACAGACCUGCUUACCUCUACGCAUACGCUGGCACAUCGGCUAAACAACGAUACGCCGAUGAACGAGUCGUUAUACACUAUGAACACAAGCUUGCAAGUCAAUUUAAAACCAGAACCAAAUUUAAUACUCAGGAUCAAUUUUCGGGGGAGCUUUAAUUGUAUUCAAUAUAUUAAUAAUUUAUUCUAUCUCUAUUCUAUCACAAUGCAUUUUUGAAGGUGAUCAAUUCACUGGAAAGCGUUUUCGGCUGUUGUUUAAAUCAUUUAUCGGUAGUCCUUAGGAUAUUUAUAUCUAGACUCAACAUUUAUAACACAUCCGACACUAGGUAUAUAUUUAUAAAUAGAUGUUUUAUUUAAUGAGAUGUCAAUUUUAUGAAAUAUCAAUAUUAUAAAUGAAAAUGAAACUAAAAACUAAAAAUAUUUAUAUUUGGUACUGUUCGUCAAUAAAUGAUUAAUUCCCCUCAUUCAUAAAAAGGAGUUGCAUAGAGUUUUUUAAAGAAAUUUGAAUAUUUUACAACACAUUGUAACUUGUUAAUAAUAUCGAUUUUUAAUUUUAAACAACCCGAAUUUAUUCACCGUUAUAAUUUAUGGUAGAUAUACCUACAACACAGUACUAAUGGCUUUACCGAACUUUCUGAGAAAAAACAAUAAUUUUUGUUUCUUUAACUUGAUUCUCAUGACCUAUACCACCGAUUUUACUUCGUACACCACCAGUUAAAAUAUAACUAUUGAAAAACAAAAUCUUGUGACUUAUCAAUGUGUUGUAUAUUAACUCUUUGAGGCACACAUUUUUUUGAUCAUUUUCAAGAACAAAUUUUUUCUUUUUGGAAAAUAUUAAAAUUUGGUAUACUCAUAAUACAUAAAAAAAAAAAAAUCUAAAAAUCGGUGUUUUAACCAUAUGUAUAGUUAAUUACGUAUAAUAUACCACAAUAUCUCUAAGGGUUAAUUCGAGCUUUCACGAAAAAUAAUCAGAAUUUUGUAAAUUUAAAAAAAUAUAAAAUCUAAAUUUUAAUAUCGUUCAUUCAAUCGAGUUAUUUUACCUAUGCGUAUUUUGUAUAAAUCAAUAACUAUUGAAGAACAUUGUUUUUAUUUGUUGGAAAAAAGGAUCAGAUUAAAACUAUAGGUUUCAGUUUAAAAAUUGUUGUAAACAAAUUAUGCUAUUUUCAGGAUCAAAAAUAAUGUAAUUAGAUAAAAGAUCAAUAUGAUAUAUGUUUAAUACGCUUGCAAAACAAAACACGACCACGAAACUAUAAAAUUAUAAUUUAUAAUCAUUUAAACCGAAUCAUCUACUCAAAAAGGUAAACAAUUUCUAAAUAGUAUUAUAAAUAUUAUAAUUAUUGCAGCGUAACCCAUUUUCUAAAUUGAAUACAUUUAUCCAAAUUACCUAUCUAAAUAACAUAUUUAGCUUUUAAGUAGGUACCGUCAUAGAAAUAGCAAAAUAUAAAAAUUAUUACAAUGCAUAAUAUUAUAGUCUUUACAUAAACGUAUCGUUAUAAUAAUUUACAUUUAUUCGUUUUUUUUUAAAUAAAAUAACAAUUUAAAGUGAACCGAAGCGAAAAAACUUACUCCACUAUUUGUACGUGCAAACAUACCUAGUAUACUUAAUACUAUUAUUAAAUAAUAUAUAAUCAUAAUAUGUAUACAAGUAUUUUUAUUUAAUCCUUGAACCAUUAUUAUAUUAUGAAAUAUUCUCAAAUUAUGUUCACAUCACGUGUAUACAGUGUAAAAUAUUAUUAUUAAUUUUAACGCUCGACUACAAAAAAAAAAUUAAAAUAUUUCUCCAAAAAAAUAGUUUCAGUGCAAUGUUUCCAUAAUCGUAUUUUUAUGAGCAUUACUCUAUAUUAUAUAAUAAUACCUACUUAAAAAAUGGCCAACUUUGUUCUUUAUUUUUUCGCCAUUCAUUUUAAAUCCAAACUAAAAUUAUUUAAAUAUAAACAAAAUAAUGUUAACAUUAAUAAAUAUGAUUACAAACAAAAAGUUUACUAAUUAUAUUUUAUAUACAUAUAUUAUGUAAUAAAUACAAAGAUAAAAUAACUUUUUAUCGAUUUUUUCACUUCAGUUAUCUAAACUUUAAAUGUUCAUAUUUAGUGAGGUCUUUCUUCAAUAUUAUUAUUAUUUAGAUUCUGAGCAGACCGAGGAAUGUAUUGGUUUUACAAUGAUGAUUUUCUUUUUUUUUUUUCUUUGUGAACAAUAUUUCUAUCAUCAAUAUUUUGCUCCAAUUUUCAAGUAUAGCAUUUUUUCUGAAAGAAAAUCUGAUUGGAGUAGUACUAUAGGGAGGUCACAUUUUUUUUCCCAGCUUUAUAAUAAAUGAGAAAAACUGAGUUUAUAAGGAAAACCAGGAAAAAAACGUAGAAAAAAUGGGAAAAAUAUUAAAGAAAUAUUAUUGAAGAAAAUUUAUAAUGCAUAUGACAUAGAUAUAUAUUGUUGACAAACUAACACUAUUUACCGAACUUCGCUCAGAAUCGUUUUUCAUCUUUAAAUUUUUAUUAGCCUUUUAAAUACGUAGUAAAAUAUUCUGAUAAUUAAUGAACUACUUUUAGGCAUUUUAUAUUUUCUAGAUGUAUACAUUUUUAUUUGGAUAAAACUUCUUAAAUCUUUGUCCAUCCUAUCGCGUUUUAAAAUAUCUUCUAAUAGAAUUAGUUCGCUCACUAUAAAAAAAUAGUAGUAUUUUUGUGUUUUUAUUGUAUUCAAUCGCGUAUUAUUUUUUCGUCUCUGUUAUUUUAUUACUUAAUGAUGAUUUUUUAAAUCGAAAUCGGUCGUUUAUAUACACACAACUACUAUAAUUUUUAAUAUUCUAGUCUUUUUUUUUGUAAAUUUCUUAAUAAUUUUCUUAUUUGUUUUUCAUAUAUUAUAUUUAUACACAUAUAGUUCAUUGUUAUUUUCAUUAAUUGCACUAAUUUCUCUUACAAAUCUAACUCCAAUCAAAACAUGACAAGAAACCUUCUCAUUUGAUUCUAGUUGGUACUUUCAAAAGAUCAUUUUUUGAAAUUCUCAUUAAUAUUCGACACAAUUAGAAAAACCAAAGUUGUCAUAACCGUUUUUUUAUUUAUUCAUUGUUAUUGUUAAGUUUGCUUUAUUUUAGUCUUUUAAUCUUUUUUGAACAAUCGUUAUAGUCGUGAAAAUGCACAUUGUUGAAAAGCAAUCCUAUUGACCUACAAGCUUUGCUCAGAAUAUUUUUUCGUUAGCAAUGAUUAAUUUUUGUACACAAAUAUAAAAAUUAAACUCUGUUAUAUAGUAACCCACCCAUGGUACGAAAUUUGUCCGUCCGUUUUUUUCUUACUAUUAUUCUUUUUUUAUAUUAGGAAUAUUUAAUUUUUUUUUUUUCCCCAAGUAUAUAUUUUCAUUAAAUACUAUACAUUAAAAUAAUAAUACUGAAAAUAAUCAUCAAUUUUUAUAAAUUCUUUACAAUUUUUACUUUAAUAUAAACAUAAAAACUGUUACAAACUUUUAAGUUUUUUUCUAUGAUUAUAAAAUUGUAUGACAAAAAAAAAUAAUAUUUUUCAAAGAUUUAAAAAGUUUCUAAUCCUGAAACGAAAGAAAGCUUUUAACACUUUAUAAAAGUGAAUGACUUCUUUAAUUCUUAAGUUCUUAAGUUUAUAAACCGCUACAUUAAAUUAUCAAGGGCUUUUAGUCAAAAAUGAAUUAUUUGUGAAACACUAUAUUACUACCGUAGGUAACGUAAGAUCGACGAUAAAAAAAACAAAUUGCAUAUUUUACAUGAUUUUAUUAAGUACGGUAUAUUAUAUAAUUAAAUUAGGCGAAAAAUAUAAAAAGAGCUUACAUGUUCAUAAGCGUAAUCCACUGUAAACACAAACAAUCAAUAUUUUUAUUAGUAUAAAACAAUGUUUUGGAAUUCCUCUCACAAAACAAAUUAUAAACGUUUAAUUAUAAUAAAAUUCAUUAUAAUCAUGGUAUAAAAUUUAGAUUUUCAAAUAAUAACCCAAAAUGUUAUUUUACAUAAUAUGAAGAAAUUGUCUUUCGAAAAAUGUACAAAAUUACAAUAAAUACUAUUAUAAGUAGCUUAUAGAUAAUUUCUUUGUUUUGUAGGUACCUACUUUUAGCUUUUAAUAUAAUAUUAUUCCACUCUUCCAAUCUAAACAUCGAAUGUGUUAACUAGCAGAACAAUUAUCUGUUAUUUUAUUUAUUUCUAACGAAAUUUAAAGAAAUAAAAAUGUUUAGAAAUCGAAACUCUAGAGUUAUUUUAAGUGCUAUAAAAUCAAAUUUUAUAUUUCUUUGGUAUCAUAAUGGAAAAGGUUCAAAAUAUAUUGAUUAUAAUGAUAUUAUUUACUAUACAAACUUUGGAUACUGACUUAAAUUUAUUUUUUCUUUGUACACAAUUAUCAUAUAAUAUGAUUAUAGAUUAUAAAAUGUUAUUUUGUAUUAAUAAAUUAGAAUAAUAAUCAAAUUAUUACCAUUUGAAUAUUUAAUUUUUGGUAAGUACCUAAUAUUAUUAUACACGUGUUAGAACGUUGUAAAUACAAUACAUUUUGAUGUAAAAAAAAAUAUGAAAAUAAAUUUUAAAUACUUCAUUGUCAUGAAGAAAGUGUUUGAUUCUUUUUUUUUUAAUUUUACAUUAUGUAAUUUUUUUUCUUUUCUAUGUGGGCUACGAUGAUGCUGUGGUCAUAAAAAACUGAAUUUCAAUUUAAAAUUUGAGUAUAUUUAUAAUAAAACAAACGAAUACGACCUAAUACAAAUAUCAGUUCCAAAUAUGGUACAUGAUAAAUUUCUCUAUUUCAGACAAAACACAUUAUGAUUAAACACUAAGGUCGUCACAUGGAGGCGCCGCACACUAUUAUUAGCCGUGUCGGUCAGAUCGAUAAAAAAUAAAUAAUUACCAUAGAUACAUGAGAUUUUAUGUUUAAUCAAAUAAAUCAAGAAUAAAAAAUGUCUUUAGAACUAAAAUGUACUUACCUAUCUAUUUGAAAAUUUAUGUAAUUCAUUCAACAAAAAAAAAAUAUAUAUUUAUUCUUGUAUAAUGAAGACAAAAAAAAAAAGGUUUGUAUACGAGUCAUUUUAUUUGUUUAGAGAAUGGAAUUUUAUAUAAAUAAAUCUAUAAGGAUAUUAUAUUUAUUUUUGCAUAAUUCUUUCUGAUACAAAUAUGUAAAUUCCAUUUUAUCUCGUGUAACUCAUCAGAAAAUUGCUGCACAAUCAGAGAGAAUUUCUACAAUUUUUACAAUAACAAUAAUAUGCAUUUGACUACAGCAAUUGUGUGUUAUAUUCCUCUUUAUUUAUACCCUUUAUCUUCAACUCAGAGGAUUACAAUAGACAUCAAAAUACGUGUUUCUGAUCUCGUGUGGACUGUGCAUCAUUCGUGAUAAAUUACAGUAAUAAUACACCGAGAUUGGGAAAGCGCACAGUUCAACAUUCGGGAGAGGAAUGGAAAGAGGUGGUUGGGGCAAAAAAAGAUAUAAAGCUCCCUUUUCACCUUCGUCCUAUAACAUCGAUGACUACAGCAGAUACAAAAGCCAUUUUCUGCAUUUGUAUAGGCAAAAAGUUUCUUUACUGUUUAUCGUGGGGUGUUUAUUUUAUUAUUUUUUUUUUUUUUAACAACACAAAAAAAUACCAUUUGAGGUUAUUGCAGCGUAACUGGCCUAUGGAGGAUUUCAUCAAAUUAUAUAUUUAAACUUAUGCCUACUAAAAAAUAUAUUUCUUCGACGCUAGCCACAGGAAAAUGGCAUGGAAAGUUUAUAGCACGUGUCUGCAUCACAUAAGGCGUAAAAUAGCGGAUGAGUUACACAUGAAUAACGACAUGGAUUUAUACUCAUAAUAUAUUAUUACCAAAACAUCAAUUGAGACAUGUUACGUACAUGCCAAUAAUAUUAUUUCUAAGAAAUAUGUAUACGUCCAAUUUAUACUUUCAUUCGUAUAUUCAGCGAGUAAAAAUAUUAUACAACUAAUGUUUUCAUUACAACGAUGACAUAUAUUAUUAAUUUUCAGUUUUCAACGAUAAGCAUUUUUUAUUAAUAUUUGUAUAAAUUUUCUUCAAAGGUGUAUAGAAUAAAAAUAUUAAAACAAAUUUCUAAUAAAACAAAUAAUAAUUUAUCCAAUCUUUUUUUUUCGAAGCGAUAAAACAGUGCUUACCUAUUAACAAAAAAUUAAUUCUUGCUAAAAUGUCAAAAUUCUUACUUAGAUAUACAUUUUUAUAAACUUAACGUCUUGUAUAAAUAUUAUAUUCAUUUAAAAAUUUAAAAUUUUUAAAACUUUAAAUAAAAUAACAAAAUAAUUUUUUUAUCCAUAAAUUCAACUAGAUACCAAGUCUGUUUUAUUUUCGAAAAUAAAAUGUUGGUUGUUUAUUUCCAUUUGGUGUUUAAACCAGCGUUUCUCAACUCGGUUCACGAGAAGAUAUUACGCGAGGGUUCGCGCAAAAAAAUCGUAAUGGCGGAAAAAGUGAAAUUUGUUUUAUUUGUCUUACUUAUAUAUGUUAUUUAUCUAUGUUAUAGGAAAAUAUAUGACAAGUUGACAUUUAGGGGUCCAUAAAGCAAGGGUGAGAGGUCAAGAGGUACUUGAAUGAAAAAAAGUUGAGAAAUGCUGGUUUAAACGAUAAAUUUAAUUCGUUGAUUAUGAAUGAAAGCGUUGUCUUCUCUAUAGGGGUAAAAUCACAAUAAUGAUCUUGAAAAAAACUGUCUAAAAGGUUGCACUUGUUUACUUCAACAAAUCACAAUCAACAGACUCGACAAUAAUAUACAAGUAUGACGAAGUAUUACCUAGAAGUUUGCCAAUGGUUACAAAUAAUAAACAAGCUUGAAGUAGAAAAAUAUUCCCCAUUGUCUAAUGUCUGACAACGUAAAAUAAUUAGGACAGAAAACGAUGUCCUUGUUAUGAUAAACAAAUUACGAGCUGCACAAACAAAACGUACAACGUUAUCACAUUAAGCUCACAAUACUCUAAAAUUGUUAGAAUUGUAGACACUAGUACAUAUAAAAACAUACAUCUCAGUAUCACAAAAUUCCAUUGUACACGUCUACUCAUUAUUAUACUAUCAGCGGUUAUUCACGUGCUCCUAAUCCAAAUGCAUCCACCGUACAAUGCAGAUAACCCAUGGAAAAUAAUAGUUAAAAGUAAAAAGUUUAUAAACAGGUAUUAAUUAGAAUUUGAACACUGCAGUUUCUAAAAACUUUAAAUCGCUGUCAAAUGUCAGUCAAAGAGUGUUCCGUAGAAUAUUUUUGUCAAAAUGUAUUAAAAAUUAACUUUAGGUAUUAUGACUCGUGCAAAAAAAGUAGGGAUUGCUAUUUGAAUUUCAAAAGUUUCCGUUCAAAACCCCCCUGGGAAGGUUAAAAAAAUACAAUUUCCAAACAACUCUGGGUUAUUUCAUAAUAUAAUCACUAUUUUAUAAAAGAAACUUUUUCACUAUUUUGCAUAUUUAAUAAAAUAACGAAUUUAUUCGGCAUUUGUAUUUUUGUGUUGUUGCCAAUAGUUUUAUGGAUAUUUUAAAGUAAACUACGCUGACAAAAUAUUAGCUUGAUGAGCUAUUCAAUUUUUGAAAACAAUCAAAAUGUCAUACAGUGCUGCAAUCACGAUAAUAUGGUAUCUACACAAAAAAUAAUUAUUUAUUUAUGAAAAUAAGUGGUUGUAGACAAUUUUCAUAUCGAAAUGUAUUAUAAUAAUUAAAACAAAUUAUGGAUGCAUAUUAUAUGUAUGAACGGCGAAGUAUCGAAUGCUUGAACCGUCACAAUGAUAUGCAGAAUACAGUUUCGUAUAUUAAUUCAAUUUGGUAUACACCCAGGUAGUGUCAACAUCUUGUACCCCAUCCGAUAGAGAAUACAAUUAGUAUAAUCAUGCAAAUGCAUAUAAUUCUGGACUCUAGUUAUAAUAACGACUCAGCUGAUAACAUCGAUUCUACCGACCACAAAUGUAAGGUUUAUUAUUCUUAUUUAUAUCGUCAAACUUAGCUAUUAUUCAAAAAUUUAAACAUCGUUAAUAAUAAAAAACCAUACAGCAUGUAACUAAAUUAUUUAUCUUCAUAAUGAAACCAUCAUUAUUAUCAUAAAUUAAAAAUUAAAACGUAUUACUAAAUUCCAUACCAAACUUACUUACUGAACAAUGCCAUAGAGAGGGGGUUGGGAAGCUUAAUCCUCAAAAACUCAUUCAAACCUCUUAAAAUAAAUUCUGUAUCAAGGAAAUACUAAGAAUACAUAAUCAAUACUAAGAAGAGCUCCACAAAAUAUUUCGGCUAUUUACGCCUAUAAAUAAUGCUAAUUAUUUGCCUAAAAGGUUAAUUCAUUAAAGUAUAAAUAUAUACAGAGCAGGAAAUACUUUGCAUCAUGGGUAGACCACCAUAGUAGUUGGAGAGUUUUAAUAGUAUAUAAGUAUAUAAGGGUAAAGUGUAUAGGAAUUUAAUUUAUACAAAAAAAACAUCUUAGUAAAAGCCUCUUUGCUAUACUCAAAAUCUAAAAUAGUAUGACAUCACUGUAUCCUUAUAAUAGAUUUUUUUUUUCUUUUGUUUGAAAAAACAUAAAUGAAAAAAAAUCAUAUUAUUAGGUACGCAUCAUCAGUCGCUUAGACAACUAAUUAAACUUAAAAAAAAAUACACUAAUUAUUUAGUCUCUAACUUUAAAAUAUUAUUCAACCUAUACGCCAAUCCCCACUUAAAAUAUUUCAUAAUAAUAUUAAAAAUUAUUUAAAUAUAUCAAUACAAAUUGACCAAAAAAACAUAUGGGUCAAAAAGUAGAAAUUAGUAAAAAUUAGUCUUUAUUUAUACAAUAUAAACAAAUUCUACAUGAAUAACAGUGGUGUACCGUGAUAGAAAUAAAAUUAUUUCAAGUACAAUAUUAAUAGAUAGGUAAAUAUUAAAAAAUCGUGACAUACGGGGCGAUUAUUGAGUCUUUAAAUAAUAUUAGUUAAAUGAAAAUUAAGUAUAACAUGAUGGUAGACGUAGAAAAGUUGGGUGUGUCAAUUUUACAAUAUAUUAAACGAAAAUUACAAGGGUAUAGGGUAUAGUCUUUAUAAAAAAAUAAGUUUAUAAGUUCCGAAAUGAAUUUAUAAGUAUAGAGAUUAUAGAGCGGAGGUUAUCAAGUGAACCCAAAAUUUAAGCGAUUAUACUUGAGCUCGUAUUAGAGAGAACAACAAAUAAAAGAACACAUUAUAAUAUGUAGAUGGUAAACAGAAAAGUUAAAUAAAAUUAAAUGUUUCACAUGAUUUGCAGUGACGUUGGACAAUAAAAAAAAACCUAUAGCAUGAUGCAUAAUAUUGUAUAGAUUGAUUUAAUAAAGGACAUUAUAAAGAGAGAGACUAUGCUCGAUACGUACAUAAACGUUUUUAGUAAUUCAAUAUUUAUCAGAUAUUUUUGGGUUUAAAUUUAGGUUAUAAAAGCUUAGUUUUGUGUUCACACGUAUCUAUUAUUGUAUUAUUUUUUUGAUAUUAUCAUUAAUAUUAAUUUAAGCUAUGAGUCUGAUAAACGCAUCUCAUUUAUCGUUGGUAAAAUUAGUAAAAAAAAAAUUUGAACUUUAACGAAUUUUUCAAAUUGUUUAAAAAUGUAUGAAGUAAUUGAUAGUUUUAAACACCAACAAUUUUUUAAAAAAAAAAUAACUUAUAAAAUAGUUAUCUUGGAUUACCUAUAUAAAAACAAAUUUAAAUAAAAAAAAAAUAUAUAAAUUUGUUAUUUUAAGUUAUUAGUAAUGAAAUAAAAUAUUAAAUAUAAUCAUUAUAGCGCAGAGGUCUAGUAAUAUUUAAAAAAAAAAAUUGAUUAGUUAAAUAGUUCUGCUACAGUGUAGCAGCUACACUUUAAUGAGAUAGUAAAUGUAUAAUGGAUAAUUUGUUUAAAUAGGAUAAACAAUUUCAGCAUUCAUUGACUCAUAGUCGUACAUUUAUUUUAGAUUCUCUAACAGACUAAAAAAUGAAUUUCUUUUGAUAUGUGUCAAUGUUUCGAGAACAAAAAGACUAUAAUAUUGUUAAAGAAAAUGCAAAAAUUUUCAAAUAUCAUAUAAGAAUUUAACCGGUAAUUAUUUAUAUUGAAUAUAGAUAUUUAAUAUCAAAGUGUUUAAUUAUUACACAAAAUUUUGUUACGCCAUUAAGUUCCUUCCAUAAGCUUAACGAAUCGAGCCAUACCCGUGCGCUCGUUGAUCAUUUUGCAAACUUCAAAGUUCAAAUAAUUUUUAACGUUCAAAAUGUUUAUAAUUUUUUGGAUAUCACACAUUUUUAAUACCCUUAUCCGUAUUAUUAUUGUAGUGCAAUUCCAAUUGAUUCACAUUUUACUGAAUAAUAUUAUUGUUUCAAUUAUUUUAAAAUUAUAAAUCGAAUUUUGAUUAUUUUCUCACGUAUACUACAAAUUACAGCUAUUCAGUUUUGAAACUUGUAAAAAUUAAAUUAACAAUUUAUAGAAAUAAAAAUACGUAAUAUUACUGAAUAAAUACAUUUAAUAUAUUUUAGUACUAGGAAUAACGUUUUUGGAAAACGAACGAUCGCAAAAUUAUUUAAUCGUUUAAUAUAUUUACUGGGACACGAUAAAUUUCAUUGCGAGCAGUAGAUUCUAUCAAUUUUACAACACUUAGCAAUAAUAAAGAGUAAUUUUUAUAGACUUUAAUUCCAACCCAUUACACUCAAAUCACGUACCACAAUAAUUGUGCUGCACAUUUUAGGUCUUAGAAAAGCAGUACACGUUCGAAAUCAUUCGAUUCAGUCGUGAUCCAGAGGACUAUUCCAGAAAUGUAAUCAUUCAAAAGCAUUCGAUUUCUUCAAAAUGUAACAUCCAUCCAGAUAAUAUUCAAAUUCUGCUUGGUAAUUUAUAAAAAAACACAACGACAUGUCUAAUAAAUUAGUAUUUAUGUAAUCAUUUUAAAAUCCUGAGUGAAGCAAGGGACCUAUUCGUUUACUAUUUUUACGUACUAUAGUUUUACGUUUUUAUUUUUUCUGUCUGUAAACAACUUUUCUCCAAACAAAUUUCGAAACAUGAUAAGAAACCUUUUUUGUUGCAUUUUGGUUCUAGUUGAUACAUUAGAAAGGUCAUUAUUGUUGUUUUCUUUUACUUUGUAAUUUGUGGCACAAUAAUAAUUGAUACUGUUACAACAUGUACAUCGUUAUUAAUGUUAUUUAACUCGUGAUAUUUAUUAUUUCAUAUUAAUUUUGAAUGUUUGAAUUAAAUAUAGGUAGUUGUCACGAACAGUAAAAACUCCGCGGUUAUUUUUCGUCUUGUUGUAGUUUAAAUUGUUGAGAUUUGAAAUUUAAAAUUACAAAAUAAAGUAAACUAAUAUAUUUUAGUUUUAAGUUUUUUUUUUUUUUUUUUUUAUAGUAUCUAGGAAAUAAAUAUAUUAUAUUCUAUAUUUACAUCGUAACAUGUUAUAAUGUAUAGUUUUGUUUUAAAACUAACAAAGUAAACCGGUUUUGAAUAACCAUACAAUUUAGGAUCAAUAUUAACCUUUUUUUAAAACCGAUAAAAAAUAGAAGAAGAACUAAAACUAAUAUUCUUCGACCACUGAAUAUAUAAAAUAAUGAAGAAAAAAAAAAACAAUCGUAAAAAAAGAUAAAAUCGAAAACAACUUGGACCGAACAAACAAUAUUAAGAGUAUACAAACAUUUUCCGGAGAAACAAUACGUUUUCCACGAUGUUACUGCUGAUUGUGUUGCGUAAAAGGUAUGCCCGUAAUAGUUCCUUACCGGAUUUAUUUGUUAAUUAUUAUGACCGUUAAUCGAAUAUACACACCCGGGAAUUCGGUCGUGCGCCGGAUGGAUAACGCGGGGUGGACGGGAGGGAUGGAGUGCGAUGCGAGAAAACGUGUACUUUACGGAGUGACGAAAAUGUUUCAGAAAACCAAUGACGAUUAUCGUUGUUAUUACUAUUAUUAUUUAAUUUUCCCGACUGUUACGUUCGCGCCUAUUAUUUCCCCGCGUUCUGUAAUCGUAUACCCACGUACGUAACGACGUUGCGUCGCCGUAAUGCGGGGCGGGCGCCGGCGGAACGCCGCCUCUAUAACGACUACACCUGCCGUAAGUUGCGCGCUACUGCAGCAGCUAUCGCGUCUACUCUUUAUAGCCACCACCCCCCCCUCCCCCGUCGCCCCACGCCAUACUCCCGUAUAGGCCUAGGUAAGGGACUGGAUGGGGUGGCGGGGGGGGGGGGGGGGGGGGGGGGGGGGGGGGCGGGGAGAGAGCGGCGGCGUGAACCCCCGGUUUCGCCGUGCACGAGCGCGACGCGCGUAUCCCGGCCGUACGUGCGCACACCUAAUAUCCACUUAAUACUCGUUAUGAUAUUACAGGUCGGGUUACAUUGUAUGCGUACAUUUCGCGCGCGCGUUUCCGCGGGCCCGCCGGCGUUAUUAUGGCCGUCGCCGCCGCCGCCGCCGUACGUACGUCGCGCCAUGUCAGACACGCGUGUGUGCGGUCGUUAAGCCCGGCGGCGGCGGAGCGGGUCGUGCCCAUCGCGGACGAUUAGUCCCCGGACGCCGCCGGGACACGGUGCGCACGCAGAGCGACGCGCGCGCGUCCACGUGUAUCAUAGCAGUGUUGCAAAUCGUAUGCCUAACGUUUCGUAAUGCGAUAUUGUCAUACCGUAUGCGCGGGGCGAGAGGGAUUGUGAGGAGGAGGGGGGGGAGGAGGGUCGCGAAUUUGAAUAUUGCUUAUGCGCUGAUAUUUGUCCGCGUGAUAUUUGAUAAACGUACGUUCGUCUUGGCGACCUACCGUGGUAGUGCCUCGCUCUAUGUAUUUUUAUUGUACAACAAACAUGAUUCGUGUCGAUGCUGUUCGGGGCGCAUGAUUCGGAAAUAUUGACAACUCAUUAUGCGUGCAACACCUAUGCACAAUGCGUGUAAUUAAAUACCGGCACGUGAACAAUAUUCCCGCGAAACAGAUUGGGCACGUACGUGUGUACACACACACACACACACAUGCCGGUAGGGGAGGGGCGGUCUGCCGUCGGCGCGACGACGGACGUUCUUGUUCCGCGGCGGGUACACGGUAAUAACGCUGGUCGCCAAUUCGUCUAUUUUCAAAUUAACCGCGCGUCAGCGCAAUGGUUUUACCGGCGGUUCGCGGCUUGCCGUUGAUUGUCGCUACGUACGCGCAUUAACACCCCCCCCCCCGUUUUGAACCGCUGCCGAGUGUCGACUGAUUGUGACGUUGGUAAUUUUUUCAUAUAUUUAAGUAAUAUAAACACAAAAGGUUGUUAAAGGUCACUAGUGAGUUAUUGCUUGGUAUGCACUAUGUAUUUAUACGUCUCAAAAUAUUUCAAAACAGUUGUUUUUUUUUUUGAAAACUAAUGCGAGUUUCCAAUUUAGGGGUGGGGGGAAGGGCGCAAACGCGGUGAUUCGCCCGGGUCGCCAUCAAACCUCGAUACGGCCCUGCGCAUGCGAUAUCGGCUGUCGCCGCCCGCGAGAUUACGAUAUGAUUGUGAUAACGUCCGGCCGUAAAAAUCGCGACGGGCGAAAACCCCUUUUCGUCCGCGGAACGAGUCGCGUCGAUGACGAUCGCGAUUUCGAAAAAAAAAAAACAAUAAUAACCGUAAAAAGCCGGGCAACUUCGCACGUCGGCGGGCCACUGUUGUAGGUAAGAAGUUGAGAAGGUAGAAGAGGGAAAAUUCAAUGUAUAUCUGUACAUUUACAGAUGAAACAUUGAACCUGAAAUUGUUGGUUACUUACUAAAAAAAUACGGAACAUAAAUGUAAAAUUGUACAGCUGCUUGUUUAUUAAAUGUUCUAUAAAACAAAUUUCGAAAAAUGUCGAGAUAAUGAGUGUCUUACGAUAGAUAAUUCACUAUGUAAUUAAAAAAUGCACACAGAAUAUUAAUGUAGCAUGUGAAACAAUAUUUUUUAACCUACCUAAGUAGAUCCUAAGUUUAUGUAAAAAUAGGAAGGAGAAUAUUGUUUGGUUUUUAUAAUUUACGGAACGCAACUAGUAUCAACACAAAUAAAAUUCAGAUCGCGGCGGAAUGCAAUUUGUAUGCAGCCAUAUGUGAAAUCACUUAUAGCAUGGUGGCGAAAAUAUAUUAAAUCAAAAUCGUGGAAUCGUGGUGGCCACAUUAUAAAAAGGUCGUCGCACAAAAACUAAACAGGGAAUUCAGUGAAAAUACUUUGGAAAAAAAAAAACAGUUAUAAAAUAAUAACAAUGAAAAAAAGGCCCUUAGAUCCACACGGUUUUUACUACAAAUACCUAUACUUUCAGAAAAGUUUUCCGGGCAUCAUUACGAUAUUUUUAGCGGAGGUCAGAAACCGAGGUUCGUCCCCGUACGCUCUCGGAAAGUAAAUGUUUACCCAUUCAGCUAUAAUAUACGUGUAUCAUAAUAAUAAUAAUCAUAAUAAUAACAACACGCCCUCAAAACGAAAAUAUACCAUGCGCCAGCGAUUCUCGACUUUGUGCACUUCCAAUUAAGUUUUAUCGUCGGAACGCAAUAAACCACCGAAUUUGCAUUUUAUGAUUAUUACCAGCUUUUUGAUAUUAUUAUACAUAGUCGAUCAUCUGAUAUAAUUUCCUGUAUCAUUAAACAAUUUUGGUGUACUCAAAUCAAUAUGUACGAUAAUAAUAAUAAUAAUAAUCUAGUGUACCAACAGGUUUUAUACGAACGAUGCGAUCGCGACGCCUAUCCAAAACCACGGACCGAGAUACACAGGACAGGAAACGAGAGGCAAACGAGAUGCCGGUGUACCCGCGAUUAUUUACCGGGUGAAAUAUUUCCUCCCCCGGCAAGUUAUCUCUAGAGAAUAUUUAAUCCCCGGUAAAAGUUCACUAGGGAAUAUUUACCGGGAGUCAAAUUUCACUAGGGAAAAAUUAACUCCCGGUGAAAUUUUCGGGGGUAAAAUAUCAUUAGCGAAAAUUUACCCCCCCCCCUCCGGUUAAUUAUUAUUUUACGUAUCGUUAUUGCAAUAAUAUUUAUGUGACUGUUCGUGAAUGACGUUAAAUCGCUAUCGUAUCAUUGAUAACGCACUCGUUUUCAGUCCUGUAUAUCUUAGUCCGUGUCUGAAACUAACCCACUGCAAAUAUGAAUUAUUAUACUGUUCUUGCUAGCUGCAGUAACAAAUGGAUUUUCGCCACGGUAAAUAUCUGAUGCUGCACAAAUUUAAUUAUGUUAUCGCCGCCGUUUCAUCGACAUUUUUUAGCUUUUGAUUUUACACAGACGAUAAACUAUAUAAUAGUUUUUAUUUUAUUCAAUUCUCCGCCAUCGGUAGGUAUAUUCAUUUCUUUUUAGAAAGACGAUAAAUGUUUCAAUACGAUCUUAUACAGAUAUACAUGUACAAUAUUAAAGUUGAUGGUGUUUGAAGAUGAUUCAUUAAAAAAUGAUUAAAGUGAUUAAAGAUUACAGCGGUGAAAAAUAAACGGUUUUAUUUGAUAUCGACAUAUAAUAAUCGUAAAAAAAAAAAAAAGACGUCAAAGUAAAUCUGAAAAACUGAAAGACGGUUGACGAAAUUUAUUUCAAACGAACAGUAUUUCUAUACAAAACGUUUUAAAAAAUUGUCCGUAUUUUUCAUUGUUGAUAAAUAUUAUUGGGUUCUCGUUAUCAUACUUGUAUAUGGAUUGUGUAUUACAAUACAACACUAAUUCACCGUAAUAUAUAGGUAUGUACCUACCUACGUAGUACAUACCUAUAUAGAUAUUGAAUAUGUAGAACAACUCAAUAGUAAACAACCGACUAUAACCAGUAUUAUAUAGUACUAUAAAAGACGUGAAACAAUUUGCCGUGAAACAUGUCUGCAAACACCGUGAGGUCGGUCGACAAACCGGUUUUAUCGUCAAAAAAAAUCAUCUCGUAGUGAUGUUUGAUGUUCGUUCGAGCAGUGUCAUUUGCAUUGAGGUUGGUGCAAGGUUAUAUUUUUGCAUAAGCAAAGAAUUGUACACGUAUAAUUUCUAUUUUGUUUCACAAAAUUGUAAAUGUCGUACAAGUGUCGUUUUUAUAGUAUUUACGUCUCUGUCCUAGUGUUGAAAACUAUUAACAAUAUUAUUAGGUAUCUCGUAAAUAUCCGAAUGGCCGAGUCUCUAUGCACAGUUAAAGACACGCAAUAUACGUAUAUAAGUAUAUUGUACAUAUCUCUACUCUCUUCAAAUAAUCCACAGAUAUAUAUAUUAUAGGUGUUAUUAUUAUAUUACUCGUAUACCUGUGAAAUAAUCUUAAAUCGUAAUUGAUUGUAAUUGUAUAUUGUUAUCAACGUUGUACAGCCAAAAUAAUGUGUUAUCACUUCAUCUGCUAUCACUAUUCAUUUAUUUUUCGGAUUGUAUAUUGUUUUAAAUCUUUUAAUAUUUUAAAUAAGUCACGUUCUCACGGCUAUUUAGUGUUUCAUGUUUUAAGCUUCACUGCUUAUGAUUUUAAUUUAUAUGGCUGUUAGUUUUUUUUCCUCUCAAAACGAGCGAACCAAAAAAAAAAAAAAAGAAAGAUGAUUAAAGACUUUUUAAAAACAAAUAUAUUAAUAGUAAAUUUAUAGUUAAAUACCCAUUUAAAAUAUUAAAUAAUUUACAACAAUUCAAUCAUUUCCAUUUGACAUUUGUAUACAAUAUUAGGUGUUAUAAUUAAUCUACGUAUAUAUAUCCUAUAUAUCUGAGAACGCAACGCUUUAAAUCGUUGACGAUUACGCGCGCAAUAUGUUUUUAACGAGCCAAUAAUUAAUAUUAUGUUGUAACAUUAUAAUAUUAUCGUAUCUUAUCAUUUCGUUUUUGUACUCGAACCUACUCGACAGAUGAGAAUUGCAAACGGAAUCGAUCACUCGAGAAUAUAUUAUUAUAUUAUUAUUGUGUGCAACAACGCAGUGGUUACGAUAAUCCGCCGCAGUAACACACAGCACGAAACGUGCAUAGAACACUAAACAGCUCUGUCAACUAUUCGUAUAUAAUCCGAAAUACAAUUCGAAAUCUUGCCGAUCUCUCUGUAUGGGCGGCGCAUGAUUGUUAAGGCGGUUUCUAUAACAGAUAUUUCACGAAAAAUACUAACGCAUUUGCUGUAGGCGUACAUCACAAUAAUUGGAACGAAUUUGGACAUUACGGUUUUUUUCGUAAUUAUUAACUCUCGCCUUUUCAUAUACAACACUAGCGUAGUUAUUUAAGGGGGAAGGCGUAGAUCCCUCAUCCGAAACAUUAUGUAUGUUAUAUAAUAACGUUCCUCAGUAUACCAGUGUGGCUAUGCGCAUUGUAUAAAAGUCUUAUUUAUAAUAUGGUUAAUAGUGGUUAUUACUCAAAAUUCUCUAUAUAUAGGGCCUCAAGUCUAAAAAAUCAAUAUGUUUUUUUUUUUUUUUUAAUUUAAUUAAUUUAAUUUUUAUUUAAAAAUUGUUUAGAUGUAAAACAUCUUACAAGAGCACUACAUGAUUAUAUGUUUAAAAAAAAAUGUGUUUUUAAAAUACAUAUGUUUCAAAUUCUCAAUAUAAAUUAAAAUAUCAACUUGUAUUGUGUAAUGUAUACCUAUAUUUAAAAAAAAAAAUCUAUACGCCAUACUACAUCAAAAAUAUAGAAUACUAUAUCAUUAUAAAAUUGUGUGCCGUAACAUACCUACACAUUUUUAAAUAGUAAGAUUUUAUAGAUAAAAAUAUCUAACUCAGAUUUAUCAUUAACUAUAUUUUUGUCAAUUAAUCACUGAAAUCACUUUUUGAUAAAAAAAAAAUAGUAAAAACAGGAUUAAAAUAGGACUAAAUGCGUCCUGUUCAAUCUCGAUUUGAAAAACAGGACACACGCCGAACUGAAAAGCAGAACAGUUCUGUAGUCUAAAACAGGACGCAUGACCACUCUAAUAUUUUGGUAAUGAAAUAAAAUACAUUAACAGAUUCGAGAUGUUAAAAUACGAUUAUCAAAUAGGAAUGUAGGUGUUAUUCCUACAUGAAAAUAUAUAAAUCACAUUAUCCUUCAUUUUUAGAUUUUAAGUAGUGUAGCAAAGAAGCUAAUAUUUUUACUAAAAAAUGCUUUUAUUUUUUUGCUGGAAAACACUUUAUCGGCUAAAAUGCCUCAAAUUGUUCACAUGGUACCUACCUAAGAGUGAAACCUACCAAAUAUAUUCAAAUAUUUUGCUUCGUGGUAAUUUAUUUGAACAAUUAAUCUGGAUUUCCAACAGUUUUAUAAAAAUAAGAAAUAACGAUAAAUCGAUUUUUUUUUUCUGGGUUAAUACCUUGGCCACAAGGGGAAAACACGGCUAAUACUACGAUUAUAGUCUUAUCAGUUUACCAUUUGCUACUCAUAAUCGUUUUUAUUUACAAUGAUUAAUUAUGGCUAUAUCAACUAAAUUACCUUAUAUCCUACUAUUAUACAUACCUUCCAAACGUUUUACGCUUACGGUGCGAAAUAUGUCCUGAAUUUAUUUAAUUAUUUCAUUAAUCUUUGAUUGAAUUUCAGGAAAUAAACUACGACUCAGCCAGAGGCGGGGUGAGUGUGAUCACGGAAAAAGGUGAAGUAACCACUAGUUAUUUGCUCGUACAAAGAGCAACCAGCACGGAUUCAGGAAAAUACACAUGUCACCCAAGCAACGCAAAUCCACACACCGUUGUCGUACACGUUCUCAAUGGUAAUUAUUACAACACUUAAAACUAUAAGGGUUGGUUAGAUGAUAAAGAGACUGUUAAAAUAAAAAUUUUGGUCAAGAAGACUAUAAAUCGAUUUAGCAUUAUAUGAUAAAAAUAACAAUAAUCAAAAUUAUAAUUAGAGGAUAAAGGAAUCGUUAUAAAUAUUUCACGAGGACACGACACCCGUAUGUGCUGUCUCCGUAACUCCGUUUUAUAUAAACGUGCGAUGAUGUAUCAAAUUUGCACUCCGCAGAGAUGACAAUUCAUAUUUGAACGUUUUAAUAUUAGAUCUAAUUGACCUGUUAUCAAACAUAAAGAUAAGAACAUUAUCUGUGCAAUUAGGUCAGUUUUUGUUUGAUAUUGUUAAUUUUUAAGAAAGAUAUAGACAAGCAUUCUUAACAAUUAAAGUUACGAAUGAAUUCGCGCUGUUGCACCUACGAUAAUUUUCUUAGAUCUUUAGGUUUGAUAAUAGAUCAAUUCACUUUAAUAUCAAAACUAACAGCACAAAGUUGUCCAUGCUGAACGUAAAUUGCCUAUGUAGUACGUAUGUAUAAUGGAGACGGUAUAGCAGAUAGCAGACGCAACACGGCAGACAAUAUACGGGUAUCGCAGACUUAAACUUCGUAAAUCGUAUAAAAUUGAAUGUUCAUGUGUGCGAUAAAAAUUUAUCGCCGCCGACUGAUUUCAAUGAGCAUAUUUUAUAAGUAUAGGUAAAUGUAUAUAAUUAAAUUAGCAGCGAAUUUGAAUAAAACUUCUUAAAAAUAAAUUUGAUUACAUUAUAAUGAUUAUAAAUUUAUUCAUACCAAAAAAUUUAUUUUCAAAUUCCGUAUUUCCUUGAAUAAUAUUGUUAUCCAAGAAGUACCUACGCAAAUGUAUUCUAAUAAAAUAUUUUGUCUGGUCGACUGAUAUAACGUUCGAACGUCCACGUACAUAUAUAAUAGAUUAUAUAAGUAUAUAAUAUAAUUUAAGUAUUAAAUUCAAACUACAAAAAUGAAAAUUUUCUCAUUUAAACAUCUAAAAUAAUAAAAAUGUUUCAAACAUUUUUCACACACCGUUAGACGUUCGUACACAGCUUGAUCGUAAAUUAAAAUUGCGGCAUUGAUUUAUUAAAUUAUCCAAAUCUAAAUCGUUACUCAUGAUGAAUUAUAGAUAUACUAUUCUAUAAUCGAUACUACUUCCGUUUGAUAAAUAAUUUAAUUUAUAAAUUAUUAAUAAAAUCGGACAAUUUAAAACACAGCUUAUUACAUGUUUUGAGUAACUUGAUUUUAAUCGAAAGGUAUAAGCGCACGACGUAUUAUCUUAUUUUUAUCAGUUUUACUAUUUGAUUAUAAAGUUACUCUGGUUAUCUUCAACAGUACGAAGUAAUUGUCAUCGUGUUUUUUUAAAAUAAAGACACGCGUGUUUAAACAAUAUUAGUAAGUAAACCAAAAUAAUCUCUGAAAGUCUAUAAUUUGUGAGACUAUUAUUUUCCUGAACAGGAUAAGAACGCAACAAAAAUUAAUUUUUGUUAAAGAAAAGAGUGGUGAGUUGUGAGCUAUAAAUUUCACUCUGUUUUCACUGUUUUAUAUAAAAUUACUGACGUUUCAAAAAAUACCUCUCUCUCUCUCCCUCUCUCUCUAAAAUAAGUAGAUAUCUACCUACCAUCUGUGUCCGAGAUCUAAUAAUAUAUAGACGGAGCCGGUUAAAACUUUUAAAAUUUUUCUUUUAUCCGAAAAAUUGUUAUUGAUAUACUAAAAAAAAACGCAUCAUCGUAAAACCAAUAGGUUUCUCUAUCCUUUCAAAAGUAUAAAAAAAUAUAUGAUGCAAUAAUAAUAAUAAUGAUUAUUUAUUUUACCUAAAUCCUGUUUAGACAAUAUUUUCUUGGGUGAAAUGCCACACAAAAUAUACUUUUCAUUAAACGAAAACAUUUCAUUAAUACUUUUGCACUAGGUUUAUAUGUUAUAAUAUCGGUUUUUCGAUUUUCUCAACAAAUGUGAAAAAUAAAAAAAAAAAUUGAAAACCAGGAAAAUGUAAGAAAAACGGGAAAAUCGGUACAAUAAACAAAUAUUAUUAAAGAUAAUAUAUAAUGCCUAUUUAAUUAUUUGACUAUAAUAUGACAUAUAUAUUGUUGACAAAGCAUCACUAUCAACUAAACUGCGUUCGGAAUCGUUUUUUCGGUUAGCAAUGGUUAAUCUUUGUAAACAGAUAAACAUCAAAUUACCUACAACACUGGCUGCACCCGUUUCCAUUAUCCUAGAACGUCUUUUUGUAUUUUCGUUUAAUAAAUUGAUAAAAAACAAACCUCGUAUGUAGGUAUAAUUAUUAUUUUAGUAAUUCGUCCUUUGUUCACAAUUUUAAUGCAAACCAUAUUAUUGAAGCAAACAAUUUGAUGUCGAUUAAUGAUUUAGGUUUAUAAUAAUUUAAAGCUUGGUAAGUAAUUAUAGUUAAUUUGUUGAAAAAAAUAUUUUCAGAUUUAAUGUUUUAUAAUAUUUGCGUCUCCGUCGUUAAGAUAAUUACUUAAUAAUUAUUUUAAUGAAAAAUUGUUUAUAAUUUUAAUAUUUAUAUUAUAUAUUUUAUAUUUUGGAGUUAUGAGCAAGUCAAUUGAAUGGUAAAUAAAUAACUAAAUAUAUUAUCACUACCAUAAACUACAGAUAUAUGCGUUGAUUUAAAUAAACGUCUUUGUGUGUAUAUCAUAUUAAUUUAAUUAAUCGAAUUUUCUUUAUUAUUUUUUUACUUGGUUCUUUAAAUUAAAUACUAUGUGUUCAAUUAACAUAUUAUUUUUGUAAUAUUUCCUUGGGUUUUGGGUUAAUUGUUAAUAAUAAUAAAUUAAAAAUGUAUAAUGCUCAGUCGUAUAAAAUAAUAGACGUAUUAAAUAAUAAUUUGUAUCCCAAAUUAUGAAAGAAUUUGUUAUAUAAACAAAAUAAAUAUGCCUAUUUAUAUUAAAAAAAAAAAAAAAAAAAUGAAAAUGUAUUAUGAAAAUUGUUUGUACGAAAACAAAUCGAAUAAUUGUAGUAUAAAAACAAAAUUAAUAAAUAAAAAUGAAUUACUUCAUAAAAAAUUGUUUUAUUUAAAAUAACGCCAUGAAAAUUCCUUUAAAUUAUAUCGUCGGAGGCUGCACCGUCGGUCGUAAAGACUAAAGGCGAAAAAAUAUAAUAGGUAAUACCGAAAAAGAACGAUAAAAACUUUGAUUUAUGAAGUUCGCCUUUAUUUGGGAAAAAAUAUUGAGUUAUGACUUGUUUACACGAGACAAGCGCUCGACCGACACUAGUGAUUUCGGCCGAGUACUCGACCAAUCUAAACACAAGGUGCAGUACUCGGUCUGGUGAUCGGUCGAGUUUAAUGAGCGAGCGAGUGAAUAGAUACCGUUUUUAUUCGCUUUGCCGAGUGGUCACUCCCAUCAUCUUAGUAGUGGAGAUAGCCACUCGGCAGUCGGCUCAGUGAAUGAAAUUCACGUAGACGUUGACUCGGUCAAUAUGGGUGUUUGGCCAAGUAACAAGACGAGUUUCGUGGCCGAGUACUCGUCCCAUGUAAGCAAGCCAUUAAAUUAUACUAUACAUUUAUAAUAGCAAAUUAUAAAAAAAAAACGGACGUGAUAGAGAGAAAUCAUAAUAAUAUUUUAAGUACCAUUUGCUUGUUCGACUCGGCAUUAAGUAUAGCGAUUUAUUAUUAGUAUGUUAUUUUAAUAUAGUAUCGUUCGUAAGUGUACCUACACGACAAUUAUCGCAAACAUUUUUUUUUUUACGAAACCGGGUACAUACUACAAUUUAAAUUUAAACGUAGAUAUAUGUUGCAUUUAUGUAUUAUGUAUUGUGUAUUGUAUUACAAUAUGCACGUCUCAUUAUAUAAUUUGUAUUAUAAUAAAAUCGUGAAAAUUUUAAUAUUUUUUUUUCCUAUUACAAAACCAUAGUGGAAUUACUGGAAUUUAUUAUUAACGCUAUAAUAUCGUUAACCAUCAAAUUCAAUUUCUGAUAAAUUAACAAAAUAAUCGGUAAUUUUUAUGCCUAAUCAAAUAGUAUGAUUGUGAUUAAAUUGUAUACUUAAAUGGAAUAAAAUACUUAGUACCUAAUUUAAAAUUCGUAAUCUUCUUAACAGUAAUAAAUGAAUUGGUAUAUAAAUAUUUUACUUUUAACAUUUCAUAAUUCGAGUACCUUAAUUAAAUUUGAAAUAAAUAUCUAAUAUUAUAAACUUUAUUCGUUACUUUGUUCACAGGAGAACAUCCAGCGGCUAUGCAAAAAGGUUCUAAGCUCAGUUUGAAAUCGUCACUAUCAUUACUUAGUGUCUGCCUAGUGCUGUUUGUCAGCACGUGA